AGCCAUGCUGGGUACGAAAAAUGGCGGUAUUUUGUUAUUUUUGACUGAUUCAUUAAUUCUUCGCUUUCUCUGAAGCUAGUUGGUCAUCUGCAUUAGAACACCUGGCACAUAUCGAGUAAACGAAAAUUUUGCCGGUUCGUGACAAUGAGGACCAAACUUCUAGACCAGUGUAUGAUUCAGUGAUGACCGAUAACGAAGACCCUUCAACGAAAUUCUGUUUUCGUCUUGCAACUUUGCAAAAUGCGUCUUGCGCUGAGGAAGAAAUCCUUGCUUUGCAAAAGCUUAGAGAAACGCUCAGUUCUAAUGGCGAUGAAAGAUCUUUAGAUGAAGACGAUUUUGAAAAAGAAUGGCUUCGAAAAGGUCUAAACGAUACCGCCAAUCCUUUCCCGACAAAAUCACCUGAAAGUUGCGUUCUCGGACAGGACGACUUGGAUGCGUUCACGUUCUACCUUUUCGAGCGCCGGUUUGGCUGGUCGGAAUGUACUGCCUAUUUAGAUGAUGCGGGUUAUUCUGUAGCAGAAGAGCAUUUAAUUCGCAGAUCAUCGUCUGGUUCUGUACGAAUACAGGACGAAUCCAGGUUUAAAGGGAAGUUGAACGAACUCCUUGACGAAUUCCUCAAAUGGUAAGUUUACUAGUACGCCUCCUUAAUUCUUAUGAUUGCAGCCCUUGCGAUUACUUUUCUGUUAGCUCAUAUCCAGCAGACCAGGGGUCAAAAAUCAGAUUUUUGCUCAAGGACAAAAUUAAGUUAGUGUCCUUGAUUUUUUAAUCACAGGGGCAGCUUGAAUACUUUCAACGGUGGUCGUGCUUAUGUAGACUUGCAAACAAACGAACCAGAAGAAGCAACUGAUUUAUUGUUUUUUUUGUCUGAAUUGUAACGAAAAGAAUCGUAAGAGAUCUGGGAAGCAAAAAUAUGAAGAGUUUAAAAGAAGAGUUUUUUUUUAAAGAAAAAUCUCUAAGUAAUUAUUACACUGAUUCAAGAAAAUUAAUAUUAAAUGGUGCGACACUCUAUACUCACUUGCAGUUUUUAACCAGUACCUGUACAGUAUUUCGUGUUAUGAUUUUGUUCAGAAUACUUUGUUGUUAUGCUUGAUUAACUGCUGAAUCCCUUGGUUGGAAUCUGCAAUUAAGAUAGACUGAGAGUAAAGGUAUACAGCCUAUAGAGUGUUGGUAAUGGCAGGGAGACUAAUAGUUUUGUUCCUUGUCGCCAGCUACCUGGAUUUAUUGCUUGAACAGUUUGAUAAGGCAUUAGCGAUAGUAAUGAUUUGUUUCCAUCACCUCAGUUUUCAUUUGGUUGUUGACGCCCUCUAUGUGGUAUCCUUCCCUUAAAAAAAACAGCAUCAGCCAUCCCCGGGGAAGGGACCCCAGGCAAGGGAGGGAACGUUGUAAAGGACCCUGUGAAAGUGCUUAAUUUCCCCCUCCUUGAUGGGGGCACUUGGCAAUAAAGUCAAGAAAUUCUCCCUCUUAGAGUGGUAUCAUGAAACUACAUUAAACUUGACUUGCCAUUGACCCAGCACAUCUGAUUAGAAAAUAGUACUUUACCCUUAAAUGGAUUUACAUAACUGAGAUUAUGCAGUCUGCCAAGUCUGCCAUUAUUUCCACCCCAAGGAGAGAGGUACAGUAAGCCAGCAAUCUUCUGGACAACUGGUCUAUAUAAUUUUAUGCUUGAUUUAGAGACAACUUGAAAUCAACCUAUUUUUUAUACAAAGCCCACAGUUUUCCUCAUGGUGCAAGGCCAUUGUACACCAAACUUCCCUUAUUUCCACCACUUCCGGGAAAAGUGAUUCUCCAAAUCCAUCUAUAAGUCCCUGUACAAAGUUGUAAUUGCCCAGGGCGCGGUCCCCCACAGGGGAUGUCCAAUGGUAGGUGCUUUAUCAGAUGAGCACCCUCCCUCAUUAUGUUCAGAAACAAAGUACAGUGUUAGCUCCCCAUCAAGUUUAAGGGUAUAAGGAAAUGUUUGAACCUACAUUGUAUUUUCAUUCUUCAUAUUUACAUUUUUGUAUUGAAGCAUUCACUUGUGGGAUGUGGUGGUCUACUUGCAGGGUUUAAUUUUAAGCGGGCAUCCAUCUGGCUUGUGAAGUUGGCAGUUCUGAUCCUAAGAUGUAGAAAAUCAUUUUUUACCCAAUACUCACUAGGGCAUCCAGAAACACCCAGAUAUCUGUUACAGGUCAAAUUUAGUUUCUGGUUAAAUUUUUUUGACCUAGGUUGAUUUUCAGUUUCCUAGCCCUAAUUAUUCAUGAAUUAGGGCUAGGAAACAAAGGAAAUUGAGAAUCAACCUAGGUUAAAUCAAAAUUAACCUGAAAUAAAAUUUGACCUGUAACAUAUCCACCUGGCUAAAACCUUGCCUUCUUGUUUGGGAAUCCUUUCUCCUUGCUUAGGACAUGUUUCUAGUUAAGCAAUCUACUACCUUACAUGUUCGGCCAUGUAAGCAGCUUGACCAGCCUAUUCUGGCUGGUAGAAUUUCCUUCAGUAUCAGACAUAGUUUCUAUUUUCUUCUGUAAUUUAAUUUUUACUCUUUACCCAGCCUGCGUAGAGAGGACAAGUCAUUGUUACCUCAUGUUGCCAUGGUAACAAAAUUUCUGGAUGACAGCAAACUGAAAACGUCACUUAAAAAGUGAAUUCACACUGUUUCAAACUUAACCAACGUUAUUCAAUUAUUGAAGCUCCCUAUUGUUUUGAUCCAGGAAUUCUGCUAACAUGGUAGCAUGAUGUCGCACUUCUCUUCUCUAUUGCAGGACGUAUUUUGUUGGCAAGCAAAGCUGCUUGUUUAUGUUCAUAAUGCCGUGGCUGCCAUCUUUGAAUUUAUCACUGGAGAACUUAGAUUGUGGAGAGUGGAAAUAUUGAACUACAGGGUAGGCAGGGGACUGGUAGGGGAGAAAAAAUAUGAUUGCCUGAUCUCUUUGUUCAUUUGGGAGAUGCCACAGGCUCUACAGUAUACUCCAUUAGCAAUCAUACAAACAUCUUGUUUUAUAUGUCUGAAUAUUUAUACCAAGCAUUUUUUUACAGGUACCUUGCCCAAGCUAAGCUAACUGUUAGCCUGCUUAAGAGCUUUAAGUAUGUAGUUACUAAAGGUAAGGAUUUUAACUGCUUGUUUUUUUUUUCAGGAAAAUGAUCAGGUAGACAGAAUACAAUGAUUUAUGAUCUAAUGAUCGUAGGUCUUUUGCAACAUUGGGUCUUGUGAUCAGCAUUCUGUAAACCAUGAAUUACAGAAAUUUAUAUUGUAAAUUCUGAAAUGAGCCCAGAGGCCUCUUUGUGAGGGCCUCAUUUCCAGAGGGGCUUAUGUAUGUGGAAGGGCCUAUUUUCUAAUGGAAAUGUUCAUGUUAAAAUCCCCUGGGCUUUUAAUUGAAGAGAAAUUGGUUUCAGCAGUUUCGGAAUGUUCGAGUAAUAGUAAUUGUUGGACUACUGAGAAGAAAAGUUCAUGAGAAUGUAAUCCCACCUCAAACUCCAUUGCAAUAAACUUCAUUGAAAAUAGUAGUUUCUAUUUAACAAUAGUUAAUUUGCUUGGUCAGCCUCUAUAGAACACUAACGUUUGAAAACAUGCAUAUGGACUUAGGGAGGGACCAAAAUAAUGUGGAGAGGGUGUGGGGCAGUUUGUAGUUUGCAGUUUUCCAUGUGAGCAUGAUUUUUGUUCAUGGACUUUUUUUUUUCUGCCUGUUCCAGCUGUACGCAUUUUUUUCAUGUGAAUUUUUCAUGUAUGGAUUUUUCUUUUUCUUUUAUUUUUGCCCCACCCCCACAAGGCCGAUUAGGCCGAGGGGGAUAACACCCUCCUCGAUCUCCUGUUUAUCACCAAGUUUAGGAGAUAACGGGUUGUUCAGUACUGCAAAUAUUCUCUAAAUGGCAGAUGUUAUCUGUCGAGUUGUCUUCUUGCUGUUCUUGCUAUAUUUUUAGCCAAUAGUUUGCCUAUUUCUUCCUUGUGAAACAAGUUAAAUGUUCUGCCAUUUUGUACUCACUGCCAAAACAACUCAACCUCGUCCCUAGGUCUUCUCAGUUAACUGUUCAGUUUUCUGGCAAUUAUGCACCUAUCAAUGUUAAUCCUGUGGGGGGAGGGGAGUGCGGGCAAGGGGUGGGGAUUUGAUGCCUGAGCCUAUCCCCCUGUCGGGCUUUUGAUCGUGCGAAGCGACCCUGGGGUCGGGACAUUUGACUUUGACCGAUAGAAGCCUGGUAUCAAUUCAGAAGCGGCAACCAAGUCCGUCCCUCAAGGCUUUCUGAAAGUCACGCUGUUGGAGAAAGUUAUGAAGUUUUCAUUUGUUUUAAUCGCCAUAAUCCGAUACUUUACAUGUACACUGUCAUCUAAACAGAUAAUGUCUAUUUUGAGAAAGUUUUUAUCUUCAAGUUCCCAUCUGAUUGUAAACCUCGAUUGAAAUCGAAUUCUACCAUGAAAGUCAGAGGAUUUUUUACAGGUCACUGAUCCGACCUGUUCCGCCAUGUUCAGCAGAUAUUAUAAAGCAUUUUACGUUUCAUUAAUAUAAUAGCACGGUCAAUCUUCCUGGAGUGAUUAUGUUGUUCAAAAUAAGAGAUGCUAGUGGAGAGAGAAAAUACUUUAUUACAGCGAGUAACUUAACGGAGCUUACGUUAACCUUAAAUAAAAGUAGUAAGAACGUACUUUUGAAAUGUUCUUUCAUUCGUUUUAUAUAGUAUUAUAGUAUUGUUUGUUUAGAUUUUUCCCCUGGGGUGGGGGCUUUUUUGACACUUUUGAUUGACCUUUCGUUUCCGACCCUUGGGAAUUUGAUCAAAAAAUUUACAUUGAUAGGUGCAUUAUGCUGCACAAUUGAUGUCAUUUUUCACAUAUUGCAAAAUUUUUCAAAAUUUGGUGGACACUAGCUGGUUAUGAUGAAUUAUGUGUGAGUUUUUCUCCAAUAAAAAACAGAGAAAUAUCUUAAAUGAAUAAUAAUCACUCUUAUUUCAAACAAGUAAUAGCCUUAUUGUAUAAGAGACAUGUGAGGGAUUUUGCAAACUCAACUUCAAAGAUUCAAAAUAAUGACAGUUUCUUUUUUUUUAAGCUCAUAGCAUGCCAGUAGUUAGGAACCAAACAUUUGUACACAUCAUGGACUGGAUUAAAUUGGCCAGCUCUGAUAAUGGAGUUAGCAGUGAAGUAUUCCCUUUGGUCAAGGAUGUGAUUCUGGCUGGCAUCACUGAUAUCUGGUCAGCUAUCAGAAAUACAUGUGUAGCCAAGUUGUCAAAGUUUUUGGAGGUCUUUAUGUUGUCUCAAGUGGAAGAAUUCUAUAGAAGUUUAGUCAAGGUAGUGUUUAAUUUUUUCCCUUCAAAAAAAAUCUCACUGCAUUCUUCAUCCGAGGAAAUCAUUUUCGCAUCUUGUUAAUUAAGGUACAUUGUAAGAAUUAAUAAAAAAUAACAAUCACUCAGUGGGAAUCGUUCAAUCUUUUCUAAAAUUUCUCAACUUAUUCUUUACGGAAAUAAUUAUUUGGAGAUCUGUCCGGAGAAUGUUUUUUGUAGAAUGGCUCUAGAUAUUGGGGCUUUAAAGGAACUUGGAAUGGGCUAACUCUGAUCUCCAGUUUAGAGAGGUGUCAUUUUGGAAUAGUUAGAGUUAAUUGAAUGUACUCUUUUGAAGGAAAUUAGUGAAAAAUAUUCUACCUACCAUGUGAGUUUCACAUUAUUUGUGUAUUUCAGAUGUGUUUGGAGAGAGAAACUUCCUGGCAGGCUAAAGAGGGUGCAGUUAUGGGUAAGUUGCUCAAAGCAAAUGAAAACCACACUCUAAAGUUACACUGUAGAUGCAUUUCCUUUCAAGUUUACUAUUGAUUCUUUGAGUUGGGCACGCACAUAUACAUUUUCAUUAUUCUCUCCAUGGCUUAAUAGGCAUGACCGCCAUAGUCUGCCAGUUUCUUUGGAGUGGAAUAACCAGUGAUGAGGACAAGAACAAGACAGAAGGACGUCAAUACUUGCUGAAGGUCAGAGGGCUUUGUGUGUUAUCGAGAGCAGGGGUUUCAAUAAAAAUUGAAGUAGCCAGCAGAUUUGAAUAGAGUAACCGACUAUAUCAACAGUCCACAUUUUCAAGGGGUGUCUGGGGGCAUGCUCCCUCAAAAAUUUUAAAAUUGCAAACCCUAAUAAACGAUUUCCAGCGUUUAAGGGACUAAACUGAGCAUAAAAGAGCGAGUUUUCCAUUCAAGAAGAUUUGGGUUUUACUCAAAUUUUGAUUUAUUAGCCACUCAAUUAACUCCUGCAAGCAAUAAACAAAUGAUAAUUAAACUAAGUUACAUAGAUUUCCGGGCAAGCAAAUUCCAAUUUUUGUCCAUGACUUUAUUCAAACUAGUUGCUGCUUCUUCGGGAGAAAAAGUAGCCGACUUCUCUGAGCAAUGUAGCCGACGCGUUUUGUCGGUUGUCGGUGCUUAUUGAAACCCGUGCGAGAGUGACUCUCUGACUUCUUGGGUGGUUACUGAGCUACAGUGUACAUUUCUUCGCUGAUAAUUCCGUAAUAGCAAUUGGUGUGAACUGAGGAGUCAAAUACAGAGAUCUCUCUUCUGAAAAACCCUUCCCUCCUUAUCAAACCACCCUACCCCCAUGCACUCAUAAUCAUUGAAGCACUAAAAAUUAAUGAUUUUUGUCGUAAAGUUGGUCCAUUGAUGUAGCAUGAUCAGUACAAAUUAUUGUUCCAAAUGGCAAAAGAUGCAUGAAAAUGCUACCAAACACUGCAGCAAGAAUUUGUUGGGGUCUUGAAAAACUGUGGGAUCAAAAUAUUAACCAAAACUGUUCAUGUAUAGUAAAGAAAAGCUUGCUUUUGUUCACUAGGAGUUUUGGUGACCCAUAUGGGAGACUGAGAGAUUAUUUUGCUCUAUAUCUCCAUGUCCAAGACUCCUGGGUAAUCUGUGAGAAUUAGCAUAAUAGUAAAAUUAUGCAUAAUUUCAUCAUGAUGCAAGUUGCUACCUCUUGCAUGAUGUCCUGUCUUACGGAUUCUCUUAACACUUUGUUCUUGUCUUUCAGUUUGGUUUUACAGCAUUAUCAGCCCUACCAGAUUUCAUCAUGUCAUCUGUCCAUUCUGUCAUUUUCUCAUUGCUUGUCCAUCCUCAAUUGAGUAUAAGGGAACAUGCCACUAAAGCACUGUCUGCUAUUUUGUCCAGAUGUGAGUUUGAGGUAAGGAGCUGGGGCUGUGCUGCAGAUCAAAGCUCUCAGAGACCCUGAAAUUAAUAGCUUAGUCUCUGAAACUACAAUGUAGUUUUUCAUGAAGAAAAUGGGUAGUUUGUAGUUCACAUGGUACCUGCACUUUUCUCGGAAAAAUAAUUAUUCCCGUUGUGUUUGUCGACCUCAAGGGCCAGGUAUAAUUUAAUUAGAACGUGCUAGUGCUUCCUUUGUCAGUGAUAUUUCUGCAAUUUUCGUGCCUCAGGUUGCCCUGUUUUCAUUUCAAGAGGUGAUCAACAGACUGUGUCGUGGAACACAAGGUGAUGGCCAUUCUCAAGAGGUUACUCAAGGCAUUGUAGAGGUAUGUCAUACUACAUAUUAAUUUUAUUAAACUUUAAAUUUUCAACUUUGUAUACACCUGUACUCUUUCAAGGGCAUUAUUCCUCAGUCCUGACAAAGCUGUCCCAAUAAAUUCACCACCUGAACAGUAAAUGGAUUUUAGAACAACUAGUUUAAAUGAUACUAAGUGAUAUUAUUCUAUGAGGACCCGUAUUCUUCAUUCUUAAUUUUCUGUCACUGCUGUGACUGCAAGAAUCUUAUCUUAUUGUUUGCUUCAUUAUAUUUCUUCAUUUCACAUUUCCAUCAGAUCAUUCAUUAUUGCAUCUUCAACUCUCCUGGAUAUAUUAAGAACCAAUUUAAUGACCAGCUCCCAUUUGGCUUGUUAGCUCAAUUAGUUAAAGUGCUCCACCAGUGUCUCAGAGAUCAGAGUUCAAAUUCUGGCAAGCCUGAAUUUUUCAGGCUUUCUUUUCUCAACUGCAUAAGUUGCAUCUUCAACUGCAAGGUUCUUCUUCAGUUCCAACAAUGUGAAAGUUAUAAUAUACUCAUUAUCAUCAUUUCAAGAAUCUUAUUGAUGGCCUGUAGAGUUCUGACUUUUACUUUAAUAGCAGUCUCCUUAGGCGCGGUUCAGACGCCAAACUUUUCAUGAGCUGAACCCAAUACAUUGAAUUAACCCAUUCGCUCCUGGAGAUUUUGCCGAAAAAUGCGUUUUGAAGCUAGUCGAGUGGUUUUCUGGUCACUGUCGUGCUAUAAAGAGCUAAAACUUACCACAAACCGGUUUACAGGUUGUACACUUCGUGGCCUUCUGAUCCAGAUGCAAAAUAUUAGCUUGCGAAGUUCGGGCAUGCGCAGAAAGCAAAAUUUCGAGAUAGUUUUUGGGUUUAAAAGUGACACAGCAGUCUUGACUUUUACUUUUCGCUUUCUCUCCUCCCUUCUUUUUUUGCUUUUCUUGCCUCAUUUUUUUUUUCUCUUGCUGGGCAUUUAGUAGGCUUCAUUUUGGUGGGAAAGGUUUUAGGAAAGCAUUUAGGAUCUUAGGAUUAGGUGAAAGAAAAGGUAGGUGGGCAAUGGAACAAGAUUCUCAUAGAGAUUUUCAGGUCAAUGUCACGUGGUUUUUUGCUUCUUUCUCCGGUGUCCUUGACUGAAUUGUGCUCAUUCUGGUAUGGUUUGAAAGAUCUCUUCACUCUGCACAAGUUAGCGAAGAAAGUUGACCUUGACUGUUAAAACUGAUGACGUCACAAAGGUAGAAAGGACCUGGAUCCACACUGGCGGUUACGGGCAGUUCAGGGGCAAAUGGGUUAAGUACAUGAAAAGUUCAGUGUCUGAAUCAAUUUGGAACACCUGUUUCAAUUUAGAACCGCUCAGCCAUUCUUCCUGCCUAGCCCAGCCAGGAAUUUCGAUCAUGGAUUGACUUUGGAACAGCCUUGAUUCAGAUGCCGAACUUUUCAUGUACCAAACCUAAUGCAUAAAUAACAUUGUUAUAACCUAUUUUGUAAGCAGUUUGACCGAAAUGAGCAUUUUUCUUGUUUUGAAUAAAAUUCAGCUGGAAUUAAGAUCAGUUUCCAAAUAAAUUCAAUCGGUCUAAGUAAUUUAGGUUGGGCUUAAUUCGAAUCACGUUCGGCUCAUGAAAAGUUCGGCUUCUGAACUGGGCCUUACAGUGUACAUUAUACUUGUAGCAAUGAGAAACAAAAAUGCCUCGUACCCUAAGGGCAACUUGGCAAAUGCACUGUACGCAACUCAUAAUAAUAUUAUAUUCAUGCCGUACCUUAAAUUUACUUGUUUUAUUCAAGUUACCUCACCAUGCUGUGUUGAGACAGAAUUUCAAGUUCCUCAAAGCUCAUGAAGCUGAAGGAUUACUGGCAAUCUGUAUUUUCUUGAUUAAGGUGAGUGGCACUGACGCUGUCAGAGACAGACAUGUAAGCCUGCUGGCAUGCUUCUUAUACACUGUAUUCUUGACUUACCUUUGUAAUGUACAGAGCAACAGAUGUCAGAAAUACAGUGGAAAACACACAAAAAUGAGAGAACAAAAUUCAAGUCUUUGAAGUGUUUGUGAAUGUUAGGAGGUUAGACCAGGGUGCAAAGAAAGUCAGUUUUACAGCCUGCCAUUCGGGCAAGUUGUAGCUAGCAUGUACUGGCCCACAAGUCAUUUCUAAUUCAACUAGCCCCAAAACCAUUUUUUAUUAGCAGGAUUGAUUACAAUCCUUCUGUAGUUUGACUUCCCAAAAAAACAGCACUUGCCCAUCCGGCUCGUUAAGAACAAAAAUCACUAGCGCGAUAGAAAAAUCCACUAGACCCUGGCUAUCGGACACGACUUUCUUUGCAUGCUGUUAGACUGAUGUUAUUAGUUGUCAUGCAUAGGAGGGUAAAAAUAAUCACUCCAGUUAGAGGUCACAGUUGCUUGCAAAACCAUUUAGAUGAAAAUUAAAAUCCAAUACAUAAUAAAUACUCUUAUUCAUAAUAUUCUUUUCUCAGUUCACUGAAAGUCAUAUCAAUGCUCUUCAGUUAUAUGAUCCAUGUACAUGUAAAAAAGAAGGUACUCAUUUCAUACACUUCAUGUCCCCAUGUCCAACUGCCAUAAACUUAAACAACCAGCUUUAGUAGAUCUUCUGUUAUCACUUCCACAGCACAUUCCUCCAGGGUAUCUAUUACCAAAAUGGCCUCUCUACUUCUCCACAUUUAACCUCUAUCUGAUGCAUCCUGCUUCCACUGUGCGACAAGUAACAAGUGUUGCCUUUAAGUAUUUGGGUAAGUAAAAUGUUCUUUAUGCCAUUGUCCUUAUUGAAACAUGUGACAUAAUGUACAGUAUCACUCUUCAGGGCUUGAAGCAAACUUAAACAAGAAUCGCCGAAAGGCGAUUUUUAACUGGGCUGCAAAAGGGGCUAUUUUUCCUGAAGGGAGGGGGCGGCUAUACACACUCAGGCUACCAUAAAACCUUGUCGGCAACCAUUGCAUGCGAUAGAACCUCAUGUGAGACUGAAACAUAAACUCAUUCAGAACACUGUACCCUUUUGAAAGACUUGCAUAACCAAAAAAAAAGAGUACCAUUUUUAAGUGGGGGCUGUAUAAUAACUUUUGAAUUCCACCAUUAUGAAGAAAAAUAAACAAGUUAGCCAUUAAUUCUAAGCAGGAAACAAUUUGCAUUAUUUCCACGUACCCCUCCCCCAAUCCCUCUGUGCCCCAAAAUAUAGCGUGACAGUAUAACGUGACUAAUUUGACGUAACUGGAAAUUCCAAAAAUUGUUGUCGUUCUACGAGCAUAAAAUGCGACAGACUGAGCUGAUUUACACUAGACAGAAAUAUUGUAUUGUAUGAAAACCAGAAGUAUACUAAAACAGACAGUUAACUGCCCAUUGAUCCCGCCUGAUCCAGGGGCCUCACUGACUGCACGGAGACUUUACUGCGCUUUUCACAAACAUGCGAACUCUAAAGUUCAAAAGCCACCUUCACAAUUGUGUUUAUCGCUGCCGUCAAUCAUAAUUACGAUCACAAGCAACGAACCUUGAAAGAGAGAAACACACAAAACGGAUCGAAAUCCACAAAUCACAAACCAUGACCUUUUGAACCCGUGAAGUAAAGUUUUGUUUCCUAAGAGGUCCGUUAAGAUGAUUGACAGCAGCGAAAAACGCAAUCGUCGGUUGGCUUCUGAACUUCAGAAUUCGCAUGUUUGUGAAAAGUGCGAUCCUAAUUUGCGGUCCACAGUCUACAAGAAAACGCACUAUUUUUUCCACAAGAUGAAAAAUACUCAGUUUUAAGAUUUUUCUCAUGGUAUUUUUCUCUAACUUAAAGGAAUAAAAUCCUUUGCAUUUUGAGACCUAAAAAAGUUUUAAGAUUUCUCGCUCGCAUGUUGCGUUCACCAGCACGCACUUGAAACAAUGUAAAUGGGUGAAACGAUCGAUAACAUUUUUUUACCUGAUACCGAUGCGAGUUAAAAAUUCACUCCAGUUCUGUUUGUCUCACCCAAGACGAACUUUUCUUCAUGGAAGAUAAUAAACUAUGCCGCUUUAUAACUCGUCCGAAGUUUUUGUGCCAGCUAAACAAUAUUGAAACGCUAUUCACAGUGACUCCUUGGAUAUUCAAAAGACUGAACGUGACGCACUAUGCCUUUGUUUACUUCUGAUCACAUCUUCAAGCGAAGUCUCUCUUUUCAAGCGAUUCAUCUCAAUUCACAAUAAUUGACCCUUAUAUUAGUUAAAACCCUAUGGUUCAUUUAUGUUAAUGCUGUUUUUGCCCCUCGCAUUGACUGUGUUCGUUCGUAUUCAAAACACCUUUCCGAAAAUAAAGGUCGUAUAAGUCAUGUGUGUUAUGUUUCGAGAUAAAUGGAUUAUACGCUUUUUUUAAUUUCCAUUUUGCGGUGACUUCAGUUUACAUCUCCAUAAAAUGGUAAAAGAAAUAUCAAGAAACAUCACGAGAGCUGAAAACUUUCAAAGGCAUGUUUCUGAAACUCGCUAAUGCUGACAUCAAUAUAGCGUGCUUGCUGAAUGGGCGAAAACACAGAAUUGUGAUCACAAGAUCAUGUACAAAAUUUAAUGAUAAAAGCUUAGCAAGAUACAAAUACAAACAAAAGCAAACCCCCUGAAACCUCGACGUGGGCUACACUUGUAUGCUCUACUCAGUCACCAAACCUUGUCAGUAAUAGCUCCUAUUUUCCUCAAGUCGCUCUCUGUGAAGCUCCUGGAUGGGAUGUCCCGGUGAAGCUUUAAACUUGUGUGCGAAAUUCUCAGAGUCCCUAUUUUUGUCCGUGUCUUCUUUAUCCUCAGUAUCCGAAAUUUAGACCUCCAAAGUGGCGUGUGUUGCAUUAAAUAGAAGGAAAUAUUUAAAGGAAAAGCCAGUCUUCUAACAUGGCAAAGUUGUCACGUCCCUCGCUCAUGGACGUGCGUAGUGCCAUUCAUCAGCAACUGAGUUGUUCGCUUCACUGACUACGAAGGCUUACAAUCAAGUCUUCAGCCAUAGUGUCGUCAACUGGUGAAAUACCUUGCUCAUAAAUUGUGGUUCUUAAUUGCUCAUGUACUACAUCGAUCGAUAAUUCUCUCUUUGAGUUCACGAAGCGGCCACGGCGUUCCAAACCUGACGCCCACAGUCAUCUUUUAGUGUGAACCUACCGUGAACGGCGGGUCGGUUUGAAUGCAACGCGAGCAUUUCUCUGAGUUUCCCAGCGCCAACAUCAUCUAACUGACUUAAACUCGAACAAUACAAAAAUUAUAGAGUGACUCCCAUGAUCGAAUCGCUUCGAACAACGCAAGUAGCCUCCUUCAGGUUCGCAACGCUUUGUGGGUUUUUCAGGGGGAGCGCAGACGAGGUAAAAAAAGUAUCCGUGCAAGGGUUCGUGCAAGAGAAAAUCAUACGAAACCAUUUGUGAGAACAUCGUUUCUCGGUACCAGACCGUCGUGUCUUCCCUCCCCCGGGAGGCCGUUUUUCGCCGCAGACGACCGAAAGCCCAUUUUAUGACUGGGCGCACAGGCAGCCCAGUAAUUAGGGCUUGUCCUUUGGGCAUGCAGCUCUCCCAGUUUGCUUUCCCAGGGCCACUUCUUGCUUGUCUUAGUAAAGUUAAUGACUUUUCUAGAGGCUGACUUGCCUGUACCCUCGCCCAUUAGGCAAGUUAGGUAAGCCUUAAAAGUUACUUAUGCAUCAGUCAAUUCCAGUUGCGCCCAGUAAGUAUUGUUAGUAUAGUGAGAUUCAUGAGAAUCUUUUUCAAAAAAUUAAUAAAUGAUUCAUUGAUGUCUUUUACUGUUUAUCCCUUGUUUUUGCAGUUGCCAAAGACAGUAAUAAUCCUGUGUUUUUAAAACUGGUCCUUCAUGGGCUUGCAGCUGACUGGAGGGUUGACAAAAGCUUGUUGGUGGCAAACCUAAUAUCAUCUCCUGAAAUUACUAACCAUUUGGGACCCUCUACAUCAGACACACCCCAAAACUCUGAAGAUGAUGUUAUCAGCCAUGUACAUCAACGAGAAAUCCCAUUUCAACGUACUCCAAGUCCUAAACCAAGCCUUGACUUGUGCUAUGUGUCAGCUGAUUCAAUAAGUACAUGUAGUGCAGGUGAGUAUUUUGCUCUGUUUGUCUGCUCUGUGUGUCAGACAGACACCUUUGGGACAGACCGGCAUUAGGCAGGGUUGUCAGAAAGUUUUUAAGUAGAUGGCUUAGUUGUCAAAGUAAGUGGCUAUCUCUGGUGGAACUGCUGAGUGCCAAAGGCACAAGCUUCUAGUGGGGGUCUGGGGGCAUGAUGUUCCCCCAGAAAAUUGUUAUAUUUAGAUGCUCUGAAAUGCUGUUUUCUGUAGCAUAGUGAGAUUUUUGUAAGAAAUUUUUUGGCAGGCCCUUUCUGCUAAUCAAUAAAUUGACAGGCUCACACUUGACAUCAUGAGAAAUAAAGGACAAAAUAAUGAUUAUAAACAAUGACGUUAGCAAAGAUUCACCUAUACGGGGAGACUGACUGACCCAUGCUGCAGGCAAAAUUUUAAAAAAGAGCACUUGUCAACAUUUCAUAUGAAUUAUUUUUAUGUUCUCUAGUUUUGCAGUAAUGUGCUUUCUAAAAAUACAAUGUAUAAAUUACAUCUUCUAGCAUUUCCUUAAGGAGUUGCACUUCUCUGCUUGUAAUGACAAAAGACCACUGUUACUUUACUUGUCUUUUUAUUAACAUUAACUUACUAUUUUGUUUUUCUUUUCAUGACUGAUCUUGCAUGUUAAAGGAACUGAACCUCACAAUGCAUUUUCUGUGGGCCACAGCACUAGCUGGACAUCACAAACACAGUCUCACAAAUCAACAAGAACCUGCAUUCGACAAGUUGCAAAGCUUCUUGCAGGUACUAAUCAUUCCUUAGCACGGAAGGAGCUGCAUUCUGGAAGCAUAGUACUAAAACACUCCCUCACGGGUUAAAAUAGAAAUAAAGUGCCUUGGCCAUACUUAAACUGUUCACAGGUAGCUUUUACGACUCCUGAAGGAAAUAGAAGAUCAUGAAGUUAUCCCUAUAUUAAGUUCUUUCCUUACAGAUAACUCACCCAGCCCAGGAAAGGUUAGUCACACCACUGGGGUUGACGUCCCCUACUCUUUUUGAAAAGUGGUGUGGGUUCUUUUACGUCCCACAAGUGAUAGUUCUGUGAGACGGGACCUACAGUUUUUCGUCACUUAUCCAAGAAGACUAGAAAGUCUAACUGUUUGCAGAUGCCAUUACAAUGGAAGUACUUUCUUCUCAGUUAUUUGAAGACCCUGAGUGUUGGUUCGGCCGGGGUUUGAACCUGUGACCUCCCGCUCAGUAGACUGGCGCUCUCCCAACUGAGCUAACCAGGUGGCGGUAAAAUGGGUUUUACUGACAUCGGUAUUUUUUUGAGGUGUUAUGAUACCAAUCUCCAAGUUGCUUUUAUGCUCACACUGCACAGCACUGUGCAUACUUCAAUACUCAACACUCUUCCGUUUGGCACUUAGUCAAUGCUAAGUUCAAGGGAGUCAAAGGGAGCUAAUUUACUGUACAUCAUUGCUGACCAUUACUUCAUGUACAGUGUAUGUCACUUGUUGCAAACACAGUUGAGAGUUGAGAAGAAGGAAGAUCAAAUUGAACACAAAUAAUCCUGACAGUCCAAUGAUUUAAUUUAGUGUAGUUGACUUCAAUGUGAUUUGAUGGCAAUUAAAUCAGUCUGUAAAGAAUACACCGGGGUGCUUAUUAACAAAACCACACCCAAAGUUGGUCACCUAUUAGGAGGGAGUGCUUAUAUAAAGGGCACGAAAUGGGACCACUUUGUUCAAUGAAUGAUAGCUAAGGAUUAGCACCUCCGCCUUCGAGAUCAUGAGUGUCCAGUGGAGAAAUACAUUUCCUACGUUCUUUCUUUCUUCUUUUUUCUUUGUUUGUUCCAGAGGACAUAUCCACAUCCGCAGAUCACUUGAUGUCAAAGAGUUGGGAAUGGAGAGAAGGAAGACUUCUGGCAUAUGAGUUAAUCCUUAAGUUCCUAAUAACAAACCACAUCCACUAUGUCUUCCCUGCUUUUGUAUUACCAGUGUCUAAAAAUAAGGCUUCAUCAGCAUCUGUGGAUGAAAGUCUCAUCAGUAGGUAAGGCCUAUCGAGUGCAAUUGUCAUAGUACACCCUGCCUACAAUACAAUGCAAUAUAAGCAUUGCUGAUAGUCAAGGGAAAAUUUUAAACGCAGCAGUAGAGCAUUGAAAAAACUAAAACAGCAACAUAUAAGCAAACAACUUAAACAUUUUUAUGUCCAAAUAGUGACAUAAAUAAAUCGAAAUAAACUUUCAAAGAAACAUUUCUCUGUGAAGUAGAUUCCAAGUCCAUCAGCCGUCCACCUCGGGGGAAUGAGGUCAUAAGGGCGUGAAACUCCUGUCACAGGCGUUAAAACACACUCCAGUGAACUUCAAGAGUUUCACACAGCAGGAAGUUGAAUGUGAUAAUUUCGUAUGAUUCAACAUAACUGUAACUACAAGUAUUUUUUGUCACAAAUGAAGUGAAGGUUACCGGUCGUUUCGAUACCUGUUUAUUCAGUCGAGGUGUAAAUAGUUCCACGUAGUUGGCUUAAAGAACGAAGAAUACUCACCCCAAAUGUUUUUCUUGUUCACGCGUAAACUAUACUUGAAAUGAACGAAAAUUUUUUUGCUAUUUCACUGCUUUAGUUCGUAUCGAAAUGCCUUGUAUCGAAACGAUCGGUUUCCGAAGUGAAUGUUCGUGAAACAUUGUGUGCAGCCGAUACAAUAGAUAACAAAAUACCGUAAAUUUCCGAAAAUAAGUCCCAGGGCUUAUAUUUUUUAAAGGCCCUUUUUGAGGGGCUUAUUUUUGGAGGGGCGUAUCUACGGAGAGAAAUUUGCGUUUCAAAAUCGAUUGGGCUAGCCUUAUAGUUGGAAGAAAACUUACCGUUUUUGCUUUGUUUUGCUUUGUAUUUGAGGGCAAUUUCCAAGUACAAGCCCCCGGGGGAGGCUUAUGCUUGUAGGGGCGAUGUAACGGAGGGUCUUUUGCGUUACGAGUGUGGGGGGCUUAUAUUUGGAGGGGCUUAUUUUCAGAGUUUUACGGUACUGUAUUGGUGUUGUUCUGCUGAGAAGUUCCCCCAUCCAGGCAUAAUGAUCAAAAAUGGUUUACGGUCAAGUCCGCCGAAAGUUACCCCGCCCGAAGUUAUGUCGCCAGAAAUUGUAUCAUGCUCAACAACAUUCUAACAUGUUCCGUCUCAUCAAAUGUUGAAGAACAAGAUAUAUUACUUAUUUAUUAUCGUGCUUGUUUCGCCAGUUCAUCAAGCCUUAAAGAACGAGGUACACUUUUAUGUUACACAUUUAUUCCGCCUGUUUCAUCUCAUCACUUAAAUAACGAGUCUUUAUAACACAAUUAUUCCGCUUGUUUCGUCUCAAUAUCACUUAAAGAACAAGAUAUUUUUCAUAAGUCUUUAUUACAAUUUUGAGCGACUUAACUAAAUAUUUCGGACAACAUAACUCUGGUUUGGCGCGAGAUGACUUUCGGACGACUUGACAGCUGGUUAUCGCUCUUUGACGGGUUACCGAUCAGGUCUUUGAAAGUUACGUGUGUUUGCUUUUAUCUUUAUGCCCUUGCCUGUGAGAUUAACAGAUUAGGAAAGUGGUCUUCGGACAAGUUAAUAAUAGCACAGUACACCAGCCAUUGCACCACUGUUUCAUGACUCUGUAAUGCACAACACAUAACCAAGCUUACAUCACCGUGGUUGUAUCUCAUUUUUCUUUUUAAGUUAUUUUGUUCUUUCACUUUGAUAACCCACUAACGCAAGCACUUUCUCUUUCUUUCUUGCACAUCUUCUUGUGUCUAGUUUGUCAAGCAAAAUUGUUGGCAGUGAAACAACUGGUAAAGUCUUUUCUAGAGACAGGUUAGUAACAAAAUAAACAAAACGAGCCACGCGAAGGUCAAGUUGUUUGCAGGGCAAAGGCAGUACCUCCGUUUCUCAUGCGAACCCGCAACCGCCCGAUCUUCUGACUGUGCUAAUCCUGCCGCGGUUAGUAAUAUGUACUCUGGAAACUGCGGAGGACAGGCUAGGAUCAUGUCUGGAGCACUUUCAAAAUGAAAGUGGAGCAAGGGCGGUGCAUUAGUGGAGGUUCUUGCCCCACACCAGUAUGGCCUGUCUUCGAGUUUCGGCAUCGACGCCAUAUGUGGGUUGAGUUAGUAGUUGCUUCUCUCCCUUGCUCUAAAAGGUUUUCUCCGGAACUUCGGCUUUCCCCUCUCGUCAAAAACCAAUCUUAAGGGCUCCUGCGUGCUUCGUGGGUAAACAAAUUACAAUAUUAUUCUUAAAGGAAAAUACAAUUAUAAUGACUGCCCAGCUAAGAUUGCUACAUGUAACCGUGUAUAUUUUUGUGGGUUGAUCCAGGCAAAAGUUGCCCGUAGCAAGCCACUCCGGCAUAAGCAGCUUUGGGAACACGAUAAAGGGAUCAACUCCGUGAAAAGUUUUGUAUGAAAUCUUAUCUCAACUUUUUCCACAAAAAGUUUUGUUUACUUUAGAGUUCCUACUCUUCAGGGGUCGUAGGUGCAGGUGGGUUGAAUUUUGCAUGGGUGGAUUUAGAGGGGGACCAAGGGGGGUGCUUCCCCCCUUUUAUCUGAGAUUCUGUUAAAAUUUCUCAGUAAAAUCUGUAUUUCAGAGCCUUAAUUUCUGGACGCAGAUGUUCUCAGAGUUCUCUUACCAAUAAAUGAAUAGUAUCUAGGUAGCUGGCAAGUUUUGUGGCCCCCUCUGUCUGAAAUUUUGGGGUUCGCCCCUGAAAUUGGGAUACACUGAGUAAGCAAAUAUUAGAGAGAGAGAGGUUGGAGGCAGCAGUGAGGAAAUGUUUCAACUUUUUUUGCCACCGGAGUUUGUCAUCUCUGCUUUGUGAUAGUGUUGCAGUGGACAAUGUUUUAAAUACUGUAAUUGUUAUGGCUGACUUUUUUUUUAUAUCUUUAAAGGUCCAAGUCUGACUUUACAGCAGAGAGCUCACACAAGUUAUGCUUGAAGAGCAACAGUGUUGGUGUCAUUAAUUCUUCAUCAGACACCCUUUACACUACAACAACCAUAAAAGUAUGGAGACCUUGCAUUACUUAAGUCAGUCAAACAGCUUAUACCUGCACUGUUUCAUGCAUGGUAUACUCAUGAUGAGCAGGGCUAUCACCAAGGGUCGGGGGCUGGAGAUUUCCUCCCGCUUUUUUAAUUUGACCCUCGGCUUUUAUUGUGGAAAAGAAAAGGAAAAUACGGAAGAACCCGGUAGCUCGAACUAGGAUAAAUCAAACUCCCCACUAACUCAUACUGUCUUAUUUCCCUGGGAUUUCACCCCACUUUUCAGUCAUUUUUACUCGGUUAACUCGAACUCGGAUAUCUCAAAUUCCCCGCUAACUCAAACUAAAUUUCCUUUCUCUUGGUCAAAAUGUCAAUGAAAUUUAACCUGAUAACUCAAAGUCUGGCUCUUGUUACCCUACUCGGUUGCCAUCGCAUUAGCUCUUCUGAUGUGUAAUCGGUAAAAAAGCUCCCAUUAUGGCUCUUGAUAAAGUCGCUAAAACUAACAUAUACGUGUUGGUGCAACGAACAGAUCACGCUUUAUCUUAGAAGUGCAUAAUCAUUUGACCGUUUUUGAUGAAAUGAGUAAAUUAGCCUGAGAAAACAGCCGACAUUUGGCGACGCUACCACUGGUUUCCCCGCCAAAUUACGUCUGAGAAACAGCGCAGAAAUUCCGUACUGAUGACGAGUCACUACCCAGUUCUGGGUAGUGCUACUGAUUGGCCGUGCCGCGUGGGAAAUUUGAUUCAACCAAUCAGAAGCCCUACCCAGAUCUGGGUAGUGACGCGUCAUCAGUAUGGAAUUUCUGCGCUCGUUUCUCUGCCGUCAUUUGGCGAGGAAACCAGAGUCAGGGUUUCUUUUGUGUCCGAUAAGGCCGAGAAUCACAGUAACGAAAGAAAAGGAAACGAAAAUAGCAAGGACGAGGAGAAAGAAAGAAGACAUAAACGAAAAAAGCAAUGGUGGCACUCCGGCUUAGUUUUUGUAUUGUUAAUUUGGCUUGAUGGAAGAGGUUUAUUUGGCGGUAGCGUUUUCGAUAAUCCAUCUCAUAUACAUACCAGUUGGUUAAUGAUUAAAAGCAUAUUUUGGUUUUAGACAGGCUGCCAGUAGUCCCUCGGGAUUGUCGCGUGGGCGAGCAAACGAGGCAACUCCCCACUCUCGAGUCCUGUCAAGCCUCGACUUCACAGAUUGAAAAGGGGCUGUUGGCAGUCUAUAUUAGAGACCUUUAGAUUCUAAGGCGAGGACGGCUACGAGGACGAGAUUUUCUCUGCAAUAAGUAGUGCGCCCGCGUGAACAACCAGCGUCAUUUUGGCGGGAAAACGUGAUAGUCGUCGUCAUUCUGCUACGGGUUUUAGCGAGAAUGUCGUAAUGUUGGAAACAAGUUAUUAAAUAUUAGAAGUUAUAUCAUUGUGCGAUCGGAAGAGGGCCUAUGCUCCUUCGAUAACAGUAAUAACUGUGCUAACUUUUUUUGCAUCCGACUAGUUUACGGAAGGUCGUGGCCCAUCUGGAACUCAGAAUUUUUUUCUGUGUUCUUUCCUCCACACAUAUCAUUUCAUUUAUUAUUCAUUGCUAGCUUUUUUGUUGAAAAAAGUACAAAGAAGUUUUCCGAUGGAUCGAUUUUUAAAAUCUCGUCCUCGAAUCUAAAGGUUUCUAUGUGUUUCUUUGUAACAGGAAGGAGAAACUGGCGUUACGGAAAGAAGACAUGCAGCCCAAGAAACAUUAAAACACAGUAGCGAGAGUCGUAUUACAUCUAAAAAGAAGGCCAUGUAUGUAUAGACUAUGUUGGAAUUCUUACAUUGUGUGUAAAGUUAUAUAUUAGAAAGUAAUUUGGUUGACAUACUGCAGUGCUCCUUGACUAUUUGAACAUUUGCCAUGGCGUUGUCUUGUCAAAUCGCAGGUUUGAACUUCGGUUUGACUAAACUACCAACAUCUUUGGUACCAAAUUUGGGAAUUGAGACAAUCAGAAGCGGAGAAAUAUUUUGAAUGAAUAACAAUAUGUUUUACACGUGGGUGACGUUUGGAGAGCGGUGCACUUCCAACUUAUUCAUCCUUUUCUCCAUGUCUUGUCUUUGCAGGAGAGCAGCUUCUUGUGCUGGUGUGGAUGUUGAUACACAGACCAGGCAGCUCAUCAGACAGUACUCUGUAACGACACCGCAAAUCUCACCCAAAAGACCAUUUAGACUUCCACGAACGAGCACAUUUGUUCUGGUAAGUGCUUGGGAUCGAAGUGUUUGAACUCUUAAAAUUGACAUUUUGAAGAUUUUUGAACUUUUGAAACUUUGAAAGAUGUUUUAACUGUUGAUUUGAUACCUUAAUUCCAUUCAACCACUCUCCCUUAGUUUGUUUUUGUCCGCCCGAGUGAUUUUAAGGUGGCUGACACAGUUUUGCGGGCAGUUAGCGGUAACUCACGUGACGGCGCGUGUUUUAAUUAGACAAACAAACAUGGCGGCGAAAAAGCAAUGCUAUACAGAAGACGACUUCUCAAAAUCUACCCAUUAAAAUUUGGUGAUAUUUGGCAGAAUUUUUACUUUUAUCGUAUUUUAAAUAAUGAGAACUUUAAAAUUUAAUAAUUACAGUACAAUUAUAUUAUUGAUUAUCUAAAAACCCGUCUGUUAAAAUUUGGUCAAAUAGGUUUCAAAUGGUAAUGAUUAAUUAUAGUAAGCCGUGUGCAAGUUUAUAGGAAAAUCUAAUGAGUGAAUUUUAUGUAACUGAGCAAAAGUGAAAUUUUAAGGUUGUAUUCAAUCGUUCAUGUUGUCAUGGAAACUAUAAAAACGUCAAAUUUUACCUGUCAAUCAAAAUCUUUCAUCAGUAUGUUUUCCAGCUUGUGAGCGGCAACCUUUCUCUUGCCAUAAUUUGGCAAAUGACAUAUACUCACAAACUGCCAAAACUGUGUUCAGCCACCUUAAAUGAAUUAUUAGCUUUUAGCAGAAGCAUAUAAAACCCUGAACAGGGUAUGCUACUGCUUUUAGGCAAUAACUGCCCAUUUCAGCUUUACAUGCUCGCGCGUAAGUUUGAACUUCGGUCAGUACUUUCCUUUAGGUCUUUUAGAUCUCUCUUUGUGAUUUGUUUUUUUACGGUCAAGUCUGCAUUUUAUUUGAGAUAAAGUCUGAACUUAAUCGUAUUUGAGUCUGAACAUGCUACAAGUUCUUCAUGCACCUAGAGUCUAUUUCGACUGAAUUUGAGCCUCAAUACAUCAGGGACUUCCUUACACAAAGCACUUAUCAGUUUCGUUAUUAAAAUAGAUCACAGUGAUUUUGUUACCUCUGUGUCCUGUGUCCCGUGUCUGUGACGCAUAAAAAUUCCCAAAGACGCAAAAUAAUUUGAGCUAUAAGAUCAAUUGAUCGAUCUGAAGAUGUUUUUGUAGAAUAUCCUGUUUGUGUGAUUUCUGUGGCUGUUGUUUAACGGCGCAUAUUUGUUUUAGUGUUGUGCUUGACAAUAGCAGGAGUAUAUUUUUAUUUCAGUAAACUGUAAUACAGAGUUUUGGAGUCUGUCUUUAGAUUAACUGUGUGGUUACAUAAAGACCCAGGGACUCACUGGUUUUUGAACUGGGACUCAUUGGUUCUGGACUGGGACUCAUGAUUUUUCACAAGAUGAGUCCCAGGACUCACCAUAACUAUUUGUAACAAAAUCAGUGAGAUCAUCAUUCUGUAUCGCAGAUAAAACGUGUCCGUGGUGUUUAAGGAGAGUAGUAUGUAGUAUGUUCCACUUCCGUGUAUUGGACUGUCUGCAUCUGUUUCAUUUGGGCCGUGUAAUUUGUUAAAUUAUUCGUAACUCCUCUUGCUACAAAAUGAAAUACGAUUUUUUUUUAUCAGACUGCUGUCAUUGUCUCCCAGGCGCGAAGUUUAGAGAAUUUAGAUUUGUUGAAGAUCAUAAAUUACAUCAACCAUUGGUGUCUAUAAGCAUUAAGUUGUUGUACAAUUAAGAGUUAAUCGUGAUUUAAUGGAGUGACUGUUAUAUUGUUACUUUAGGGAAAUUCAUUACUUAAUCAGACAAAAGCUUUGGAUUCAGAGCAGUCGUCAAGCGAGGUAUGAUAAUUGCCUUCUGACUGACUACUUGAGGGGCGGUUACGCUAGCACUUUUACCUAAAGCUCCCUUAAGGUGGAUGUCCACUGUCGAGUAAUUAUUUUUUACUUGCUUUCGUGCGUAAAAUUUGUGUGCGUAAAUAAAAUUGAGACAAUGUAUAAAAGGUCGCGCGUAAACUUAAAAGUUAAAACUCGCUCACCUUUUAUGCUUUCGCGCAACACUUCAUACAUUGCCUCUGUUUUAUUUGUGAGGCAUGAAAUUAAAUUACGCGGCAGUGGAAAUCCACCUCUUGGUAAUUGCUUGGGUUUGGUUUACUGAGGGUUUUGAUCACUUUCGUCUUUGCGGUUCCUCGCUGGUGAGAUCGAAUUGCUCAGGGGGGGAGAAAAACUUGGAUUUCGUUACACGGUAAGCGUCCUUGUAAACUUGCACGACUGACAUAAACUAUUAAAUGGUCUCCACUUCAGUUACGUUUAGCGAUAACAAUUUAAUACUUAACUUUGGAGACUAAAGCGAACUAAGCUGUUGAGUUCAUUCGCGCUUUAUCCAGGACUUGCAGCUUUUUUUUCCUUUUUUAACGCCUGCGUCGCUAGUGGAGGUUGGGUCCCCAUGGGCCAGGGGGCUGCAACCGCAAUUACACCCCAAGGCGGAAGAACACCCACAGGCCUACCAACCUGCAACCCAGCCACGAGCCCCCCGCGCCCAGCCCCCCACUAUAGCACCCGUCACACUGAGGCCAGAGCCCCAGUGGAGUAAAAUAAACAAACCCCCGAAACAACGAAAAAAAAAAAAAAGCGGGAAGGAGGGGGAGACCCUAAACUAAGAAAGCGGAGGGGGGAAGGGACCAAGAGAAACGCUACGCCACAAGAACGCCACUCCACGCCACGCCACGCUAACAAAGCUUCGAGUACAACGCAAACACAACGUAGGCACAUGGCGUGCGCAUGCACCAAAGCAACAUACCGCUGGACAGGAAUCUGCCCCUCGUGCUCACGAACAAUGGUAAACGCUACAAACGCAAACAUAGUCAUGCAACAGCGCUACAGACGGCUAACACGCCACCAAAGAAUGCCAAAAACACCCGAGACCAUAGCUCCUAGUCGUUAACUACAUUAAAUAUCAUUUAAUAGUAUUUUUAGAACAAAAAAGGCCAAAAGGCUCUUUCCUAAGGGUAAAAUGGCUUGUGUAAAUGCAGCUACUGUUGUUCUUUUGUUAGGAAAACAAAUUGAUGAAUUCUCAAAAAAGUCCUGGUACGCUAAGUUUACAACAACACAAUUAAGCUUGACUGAAGGUGAUGUUACAUUAGACGAUUAGCAACGACAAUUUUUAGCGCAACACCGUGUGGCACGGCGUUGCAACAUUCUUGCAACAUUGUUUGGAAUGGUUACAACAUUGUUCCAACAUUGCAGCGCUGUGUUGUGUUAAAAAUCGUCGUUGCGAAUCGGCCCGUGUAACAUCACCUUAAAACGAACACUGAUUGUACCAGGGGAACGUGAUAAUAAAAACAGAGGGUUGGGGAAAUUGUGGAACGCUAAAAUCCCACCGCCACAGAAAACUUGACAGGUCUGCUUAAACAACUGCUACACAACGUGACGAAGCAGCAACGGUCCACGUAACCCUGUGCUUUGGAAAAAAAGUGGCUGGGUUUGUUCAGUAAAUUGUUAUUUAAUGAAACCAAAAUGUAAAUGAACCUUUUGGUUAUUACUAAGAAUCGUUCAUGACUUUUUUUCUCAGGAUCUUACGGACACAGUCUUGUUCCAGUGUUUAAAGUCUCCUUUUGGAUGGAGUGAUUCUCAGUUUGGUAUGAAACACUUCCUUGUUGAAAAGAAAGAAGAACAAAACUCUUGACUUUGCCUGACUUUCUUUAAGGUUUUGUCAGAUAACAAUUUAUUGGUAUCGUGGAACCCUUUUAAUACGGAGACCAAGAGGACAUACCAUGGUGUCCGUAUUAUCCUGGUAUCCGUAUUAAUCGGGCUCUUCGAAAAAACACCACGGACUCGCUCGCAGCGGAGCACCAUAGGAAAUAAAAUUUGGUUGUCCUUUCAUCCAAGAAAUUUUGAUUAUGAGAAAAUCGUCCUAGGUCAGCUCUCAUGUCAGCGGAUGUGAAAUGUCACACUUACUGUCUGGGAGUCCAAGGCAUAUACUACCUGUGUUUAACUUGAUCUUGGACGUCCAUGUUAUGGUCAAUUGACAGUUAUCGAAAAAGAGUAUCCGCUGACCAAUGUCACAUGACUGUAUCGCGGCAGCUAACCAAGAUGAAAAACAUUCCGGGAUAAAGGACGGUUGCAGAAUUUAACCCGUGUAUUCCUGUGUUUUUACAUGUAAUGCUCUAUCAACGUCUUAUAUAACUGUGCGGGAUUCAUAAGACCCUCUAGCCAAGCAUGCCGGUUCACUGACGUCUGUGUAUGUUGUAAACUUCAAGUUGUGUCAUGCAGGAAGCCGGAAUGACCUUCCACGCUACCAAUUACUGUUUAAGUGACAAUUAUCAUGUUUAUUCCUUUAUCUCCUUGAUUUUCUUUCUCUGCAUGUUUCGUUUUAGGUGACGGAGUUUCUAACAAGGUGCCUUUAAGUUUAUCAAUGCUGGAGUAAGUUAAACAAGAUAUCUAUGUUACUGACCGCUUUCGAAUCCGCCAUGAUACACACUCUUUGUACCCCGCCGCCCCCCACCCCCCAAAAAUUGCCGCAUACGUUAUAUGUUGGAGAGGGGAGGGGGGGGCAAAACGAUUGUAUUCGAAAGUAGAGAGUUUUUUUGAGAUCUUAUCUUAUGGUUUUAUGCUGUGUUGUCAAAUUAUGUAUGAGGCGCAGUGUACUUGUUAAACUAGUCUUAUAUGAGUUACGUUUUGUGAAAUUUCAGAGAGGAAGUACCCCAGUGGACAAAUGCUCUUCAGCUAGGAACAUUAUCAGCUGUAUUAACACAAGUAAGCAGUGUUGGGAAUUGGCCGAGAUUUGAUAAUCGAUCAUCGGAAAUAAUCGGAUUGACCCAACUGAGCGAUCAUCCAUUAUUAUCGAAAAAAUCAGUUUCUCUACAAGAAUUCCAUUUGUUUUUAAAAUUGUAAGGUAAGUUUUCUUAUGAAACGCGCAAUAAAAAGCGAACGAAGCAACAUCCUCACAAACCAAUAGAGAGCAUUAAGCACAGCAGUGGUGCUGUGUGUGUUGAGGACACCACACUGCCAUUCUCUCUAUUCGCUCUCCCUUGUGCGUUCACAUUUGUUUUGAAAAAACAUCCAAAGUAUAUCAAAAAAGAGUUGUCAAUAGAUUAUAGCCGCGCAAUAGGUCCAUUUAAAGAAAGACACCAAAGUUUUAACAUUUUUGAUUGUCAACAAUAUUUUAAAAAUAUUUUCCCGUGAUAAUUGAUCGAACGUUUUCCAUAAUUGGUUAUUUCAUCUCUUAACGUUUUCGAUCAGUGAUCGAUUAUAAACGAUGAUCGGCACACCACUACAAGUAAGAGGUCAAAACUUUGACUUUGAAAAUAACACCAAUGUUUCCAUUUUACAAACCCUUCUCCUGUAGGUACUGCUCCAAACAAUAGAAUGUUUAGCGGAUACAAGAUGGGAAUUACGAAGAAUGGGACAACAGGUGGGUACAUCAUGUUUACAGCUUUUUCCUUAGGAAAAUGGGUUUUCGUGGAGAUCAAACUGAAAGUGACUGCAAACUCUGAUUAACCAUUUUUUCUGGAUGAAAAAAAAAACCUUAUGGUGAGUAUGAGAAAGUUCUGCCUCUAUUAAACACUUAAUGACUGGUCUCGAGGGAAACAAUUAAUUUUGUCUCCUGAGAAUCUCAAUGUUUCCCGAGGCGAAGCCGAGGCAAAGUUGUUGGCCAACAUUUCCGGGUAACAGAGCACUCUUAUUCUCUGACCUCAUAGACUUUUACAAUGUUGUCCGCUGAGAGAUUUUGGCGGGAAACAGUUUCAUUGUUGUAUGUCAUGUGACCUCGAAGUAACCAAUGAGAGCGCGGGCUGUUGGAAAAACAUUUCCAGCUACAUAACAAUAGCGGAUGUUGUCUACUUAAAUAUUUAAUGUGAAAUGACAGAUAGCACUGACCCUGGCAUUAUAUUCAGAAGCCUCUCCUUUUCAUUAUAAUAGACGCUAUACUGAGGUGCUAGAAAUGAAGUAUCUGUAUACAAAGGGUUUCCUUAUUUUGUUGAAACGUUCGCAAUCAACAUUUAAUUUCAAAAAAUGUUUUUUCUAAGAUGUGGCCCCUUAGUGGAAAUCGUCUACAAGUUUUCUAUCAAUAGAUAUUGUCUUUACUAUUCUAUUUCUACUAUUCUUGCAAAUACUCUUAGCCAUAUGUUUAUUAUCUGUUCAUUUAGGUCUUACCACUUGUGACAGAAGUUGUAAGAUGGUUUGAUAUGAAGCCCUUAGAAAUCCUUUGGGAUAAUUACCUUUCUCGUGAGCACACUUUGCUGUGUUACGGUAGCUGUAUUGCAUUGAGGUACUCCAUUCUGCACGCUGGUCGAUUAAUACACUUUCUGGAACAGCCACCACCAAGCUGGAAGGUACGAAUUUAAGGGUCGGAACUACUGGAGAUUUCGCCUGGCUAUCAAAUGGAAUAAUGUAUAUUUGUCAAAUACUUUUCUGUUUUCAGGAUCCAGAGAGUUGCGGUCGAGCAGCGCUAACAGUUGUGGCUGAGAUUCAGCGGGGACUAAAGAGAUGGUUGAGUCAGGUGAAGAUUUUUAAAGGUGGAUUUCCACUGUUGCGUAAUUUUUACGUAAGUACACACGUAAAUUUUACGCGCGUAAAUAAAAUAGAGGCAAUGUAUGGGAGGUCACGCGUAAACGUAAAAGUUGAACCCCGCUCAACUUUUACGUUAUCGCGCGUCGUUUCAUACAUUGCCUAUAUUUCAUUUACGCACGUGAUUUUUAUGUGCGUUCGCACGGAAAAGUUACGCCACAGUGGAAAUCAACCCUAAAUCACCUUGUAUCUUGAUGAGAUGAGAAACUUAUCGUACCACACUUCUGUGGGAAUAAUUCUGCAAACACCUUAGAUCUGUGGAAAUGUUUGGUAAAGAGCCCUUUCUAUUUUGUCAGUCGUAGCGUGAGAAAAAAAGCUGACUUCUGCGACGCCACUAAUGGUUUCCAUUCCGCGAAAUGACGUCUGAGGGGCGAGCGCAAAAAUGCCAUACUGAUGAUGACUUGUUACAACCCAGUUCUGCAAGCGCACGUAAAAUUUACUUGCGUAAAUGAAAUCAGAGGCAUUGUAUGAAAGGCCACGCGUAAACAUAAAAGGUGAGUGAGGUUCAACUUUUAUGUCUACGCGUGAGCAUCCAUGCAUUGUCUCUAUUUCAUUUACGCGCGUAAAAUGCCUUAGACGUUUAAAAGUGGUGGUUCCAGGGAACAGGCACCUUAGUGUCCCCUUCCUCAGUCCCCCUCUCGCUUCGCCUCCAUCUUUUCUCCUCGUUAUUCGCCCGUUUUCCUUUGCGCUCCUGUUUACAUCAAAGAUGUGAUCAAACGGUGCCAACCAGUGCGUGAGCUUAGGUCAUCUCACAAGAACUUACUUGUUACCUGUGAAUUCAAUUUAAAAUCAUAUGGCUGGCGUGCCUUUUCCGUUGCGCACCAUGUCUUUGGAACAGCUUGCCCGAAGACAUUAAGAUUUCCAGUUCUAUUGUCACUUUUAAAAGUAGAUUGAAGACUUUUCGUUAUUUCUUUUUUGUUCUCAGCGUUACCAUUUUAGUAUUUUUGAGUAGUUUUUCUUAAUUUUUAUUGUACAUAGUUUUUCAUUGUUUUUAUUCUCAUUUGAAUUAGUUAGUCUUUGUAAACAGCGCUUUUGAAUCCAAGAGAAAAAGCGCUCUAUAAUUCCAUAAUAAUAAUAAUAAUAAUAAUAAUAAUAAUAAUAAUAAUAAUAAUAAUAAUAAUAAUAAUAAUAAUGAUAACAAAGCUAACUAUAAAAUCCUAUUUACAAUUAAUUUCACUUAAAAAAAAAACUAUUCCGUCCAAGCACUAUUUACAUUAUUCCUUUCGAUUAAAGGAAGACACUUAAUUUCGAUUGAAAAAUAAUAAUUAUUAUUAUUAUCAUUAAUUUUAAUACAAAACUUUAUUCAUAGAUAAAAAAAAAAAAAAUAGACUAUUUACAGAUUCAAGAAUAUGAAAUAUUCUUGAAUCAUAAUAAUAAUAAUAUUAAUAUAAGAAUAAUAAUAAUAAUAAUAAUAAUAAUAAUAAUAAUUAUUAUUAUUAUUAUUAUUAUUAUUAUCAUUAUUAUCAUUAUUCCUCACCGAGAAGACUGGUUCUAGGCCACCCAACGUCAAGGUUUCAGGGCGGAAAAACGUUCUGCGCAAGGUUCUGCGCAUCCUUUAUCGCAGGCUCAAGGCGGGCUUUUCUGUGUGUUGACUGUGUUCGACAGUUUGUUUGUUUGUCACUGAGAGAGUUCUGACUAAGACUGAAUGAAAUGCACAAGGUGUGAACGUUUGCUCCUCGAAAAGCCUUUUUACUUUUGUGUGGUUUUUGUUUUUCGUCACUUGAAAAUUACUUUGGACUCGGAACAACCAAUGUUAAAGGAAAAACGGAUCAUUCCUUCAGUCUGAGGUGGAAUAAAGAGUUUUGAACAUUUCCAAAGAGGCGAGUAUUUUUUUGAUUGUUCAUUCGAUUUAUUUGUGAGUUGAUUUCGCCUUCUUUUGCCGGGCUGAAUUAAAACCCACUUUUUUUAAAAUUAGUAAAUACUUUUUCACAUGCCCAGAUUUAUUCCCUUUGUAGAACCAGCUUUAUCCUUCUCUUCAGUCAAAGAACCAUUUUGUGCGCCGUAAAACUUUCUCGGAAAUACCGGUAAAAGGCCAGUAAACUUACUCUAGAAGAAAAGAAUCAUUUUUCUGUUACUCAAAUACCAUAAGUAGUCAGAGUUUUCGUCACUUUUAAUUACAUAGUUUUGUUUUCCACUGCACUGUGAAAGUUUCUGUUCUUUGUAAGAAAUAACUUUCUGUACGCAAAUUUUCCAUUUCACUCGCUGUGAAGUAGAGGACAACUGCCGGCAGUGACUUCAAAACAAUUGACUCUGCCCGUAACACUGAAUUGCUGGAGCUGGAUUUGUCUGAAGCGAGCAAAACAAAUACCCUUAUGUGCAGUUUUCUGAAUUUUGUAACGACUGGCUGAGUUUAAUUUGCUUGAAUGAAGACCCUCACAUGGACCAGUUAUUCACUGAGUUAUUAAAGCGUGGAGAAGCUACAUAGUGAAUCAUGGUUUAGCUGCGAAGCUCACUGCAACUGAUCUUUUGCUUUUAACAUAUUUAGGUAGGUUGUUUUCGUACAAAAAAUUCAUUUCUUCAUUGUCAGCAAGAAGUUUUUGCAAUAAUGUAAUUUUAACUUUGUUUGAAGGAAAUCCUACUUACGUGUAGGUUUUUGACAGAUGUUAUGCAUUUUCAACUUGACAACACAAAGCGUAAUUUAUAUUUAUCUCUUAGUACGCGAAACGAUCAAGUUUAAAAAUAAACUAUAGUUGCUUUAAAACCGAUUUUUGGGAAGAUUUUACUAGAUAAAGAUUGACCUUUUUUCUGCCCGCAUAUCAACGCAAUAACUUCUACAUUGAGGAUUUUGUUUAUAUUUUAGUUAUCUGCGAAACUACGAGUGUCCGAUCGAGCGAGGGUUUUAAAAUAUCAGCUCGAGUGCGACAAGUUCAGUGCCUUCAAACACAUUGUGGGCAAGCGUUAAUUUUUUGGGGCAAAUCACUGUCCAAAGAUAUGUUGUUUUUGUGUCCACAGUGGAGCUCCGGACCUUAUAUAUCCAGGAACUUCCUUAUAUGAACACAUUUUGUGAAUGCAUCUUGAAAAAAAUCGGACCUACGCAUGCACAUUUCCAGUACAACGCAAGGAAAUUGAUGUCGUUAAAGUCCGUUUUACUAUGAGGUAUUCUUCGAGAAAAUUAAGAAACCACAAGGUUAUAACCACAGCUUGCAACUUUUGAAGACAAAUUGCCUGUUUUUUCCAGGUUAUGAGUGGAAACAUCUUAUUUUUAGGCAAUAAAAUAUUUGAAAUCCCGCCAUUUUUUCAAACCCGGCCAGGGGAUCUGGGCAAAAAAGUUCACGCAUGCUCAAUACGUUUUUCCGCCCUGAACGUCAAGGUCACCAUGGAACGGGAAAAGUCGGGGAACCGUUUUCUUUUCGUUGUAAUUAUUGGCAAAACGUUGACCCGUAACUGUACUGUUAUAUUCGAGUCUCCAGGUUCUUGGGAUACUUAAAGAUCCGUGCUUCGAUAAGCUGUCAGUGGUUGCUAUGGAAACAAUAAUGAUAUCACACAUAUGUUUUCCUCUUGAGCCAGACGAAUACCAACAGGUUAGAAAAAUGCACGUAACAGUCGAAUCCUUCUAGUGAUGAUUACCAAAUUUCUCCCUCUAGUAUCGAUGCUUUAUAAGUCAGAGAGGUCAUGAGAAUUACAGUCAAACAGGGAAAACCGUGAACACCAGAAAUAUUUCUGGAAUGUUAUUGUCUUGCAAGAAAAAAGCCAAUCAGGCUUGAGAAAACUAAACCGCAAGCAAGAAUGUUAAUUAGUUUGGUUUUUGGCCAGUUCGCGUGUCCUGAUCUUUACUGUGACUUGUCAUAACACAAUAAACAUUCCUGAGAUUUUUCACUUGUUCACAGUUUUCCCGGUCGCACUGUAAGUAUAUGAUCACAUAGGAAUAAUUCGCCCCGAUAUUCUGACAAAUUCUUCCCACUAUUUCCACAAGAAACGUUGGAGGUAAGAAAGGAAAUAUUUUGCUAAAUAACGAGCGUUGCAUCCCUCGCGAGCAGACAAUUGGUCAUGGUCCAACCGACACCUCAUAUUACAGUGGGCUUUUUGAUCCUGUGUGUCUACCUCUGGGAGGUUCGACUGUAUUAUGAAACUCUAGACUCGUUUGUGGUUUAUGGUUUUGUUUUGUUCACAAAAUUGGUAUCAUUGAAAAAAGUGGGCCCCAGUUGAAAAUUCAAAAGUUUAUAUUUCUUUGACCUGCACUUAAGUGAAAAAAUAAAGGAAAUUCUCUUUAGGAGAUUUCUCCGAUUGUAAUCAAUGGUCGAACGUUUCAAUCAAUCCGAUUAUUUCCAAUGAUCGACUAAAAAAUCUCAGCCGAUUCCCAACACUAUUUAAGACCCCUGUUGUUGGUCCGUCCGUGCUUUGGGCCAGCAACUUCCCGCUCUGCAAAUCAGCGAUUCUUCAUCUGGGGAAAACGGGUACUUCCUUGAGCAAGAUGAAGUGCCAGCGUGUCAUUUAAGAGCUCAAGUUAUCAUGAGUAUUAAGCAAACAAGCUGCAUAGUGCUUUCACAUACUUUUUUGAAUGCUCUGUAUUGGUGGGAAGUGGCUGAAUUUAGAUGAUAUUUCCUUAUCCAUGCCACGUCUUGACUCCGCAAUACCAUUCACUAUAUCCACGUCUAAUUUCAUGACCUAGUAUCAUCGAACGAUCUCUUUUUAUCUUUACAGAAAUUAAAAGAAGAAGAAACAGUUUUAAACAAGAUUUUGUUUCUUUAUAUGCACUCUUAUCCCGACACGCCUCUCGGUAAGUUGUACUGUCUUUUCUUCAGCUUCUUUAUUAUAUAUUGGAAAAAAAUGUUAAAAAUACCAGCAUUUAGAGUAGUCACCCACUCAAGUUUAUUUGGAAUGGCACUGAAGCAUUACUGAGCGCGAUAUAAAGUAAUUAACCCUUUAAGCCGUAAGAGUGAUCAGCAUCAAAUUUCUUCUUGUAAUAUCAAUGCUUUGUAAAACAGAGUGGUCAUGAGAAUUAAGGACAUGAUCACACAAGAUGAAUUUGCUUGAUAUUUUAUCAACUUCUCCCCACUACCUCUGUAGGAAAUUAAUAGGGUCAACAAAUGAGAAUUCAAAUUUUGCCUUCUCAGGGUUUAAAGGGUUAAUACAUUAGGAUGUUGUAUCCGUUGCAUUUUAAUUUCUAAAGUGCUCGAAUGAACACAAAAUGUUGUAUAUAUAAGAUAUUUAAUCUUAUCGCGUAAAUGAGUUCCCCCAAAAUAGGAAAAUCACCUGUCUGCAACUCUCCGAAAAAUUCUGUGCCAAACGGUAACUUCCUUUUUACUUAUUCAGUCUGGAUAUAACCGCGUUUGUUUUCUGUCAUUGUGGUCGUUGUUUUGACUUUUCUUAAGAGCAAAGUAUAAAAGUUAAAUGAUGCUUUUUACCAUUGUAUAAAGAUAUGCUACAACUAAUGAUAAAAAUCAUCAUGAUGAAAACUAUAUAUAAAAGUACAGUUGGUAAAGGAAAGCAAUAGGGGGAAACUGAAUUCCCAUAUAAAAACUGCUCUCCACAUAAAUGUAAUGAAAAUGUUUGAAUUUGGUCUCCAAGCUGUAUGAACAGUAAAGCAUUGAAAUAGUUAUUCGCCGUGCUACCGAGGCAGACAAAUGCACGGUUAGUUUGAAUUGAAGAUGCUCAUGUCUGGUUAAUGAUCUCCAUGGUGAUUAUCAUUCAGAUUGAAUCCACUGUGAAUAGACCCUGGAGGGCAGUUUCCAAAAAAAAAAACAACAAACACAAAAAAUGAAUUGCUAAUCCGUGAAUUUCAAUGCGAUUUCUUUUGUUUUGCUCCCCUCAGCCUCUGAAACAUGUCUGAAUUUUGAUAAAAUGGCCAGUUUUUGAAAGUGGAAAUGAUCCUCGCUUUGAAUAAACAACCUUAACUGUUGAAAAAGAACCUGAAAAAAAUUCAGGCCAGUUUGUUGAUAUGUUCAAAAUUCAAUGUAUGUAGUGCUUUAAAACAUUAUAACUGGGUUACCUUCUGAAGAAACUGAUAUACAGCCUUGCUUGGAGAACGAAACACUAGAUUUUGGUUUAUGAACUGAGUUGAAAAACUACUGUAUUGAAUGGGCCGGUGUAAAUGGAGGCUUUCCACGAUGGCCAAUGUGCUUUAUCAAAGCAACCGCCAUAAUUGUUUUAGUAGUUGUAUUCGCAGACGUAAAACAUUAUAGUCGAUGGAGCUCCGUUACAGGGCGCGUAAGAAAGUUUCCCCGCUGAAUUUUAAAGACUUAAUUAAUCUGAAAGAGCUGUUGGACAUUCUUUAUUAGAAUAGAUGUAAUAACAAAAAACGCAUUGCUUCUCUUUCUGCAGAUUGCAAGUUAGAGUGAUUUUACUUAACCCAUGAAAUAGGUAGUAGAAUACUAUGCACCAUUAUGCACCAAUUCUGUUGUGUUCUUUUGUUUAUUUGUAGCUGUUUUGCAGUAGUUGUUAACUGUUUCACGGGUCAAGUAAAGUCGCCCUAUUAGAUUUUUUUCUUACGACAUAUUUGCAAUUUCGACUUGACAGAAAAUUUUGCGACAUGUUAAUCAAUAAAUGCCCCGAAACUUAAAUUGAUUUAUUUCACAGGAUGAAGUUUUGGCGAAACAUUAAAGUUGGUGUCACAAAAAGUAGUUCAGUUUGAUGACUCGCGUCUCUUUUUUGGCAGGUGCUGUGUUGCAAAAGUGUUCAAGUUUGGAAUUCCAAUCCCCGUUUAUUCCACCUUCCGAGGGUUUUCUAAGGUGCGAAAAUUGUGUUUAAUUCCCUAGAUUUGUUGUUGACUGGCGCAAGAUAAAGAUCCCGUCGACACACAUCCAUUUUUGCAUGAAAACGGUUUUUUUUAUCCAGUUUGGCCUACCGUCUACACGUAUCCGGUGAUAUCCACUUUGCAGUACUCUUGUGGCUGGAUGAAAACCAGUGGCGGAUCCAGGAGAGGGGCCCGAGGGCCCCGCCCUUACCCCCUUAUUUUUAGACCAAACGCGAAAAAAAUUUUGAGACUUAAGAUGAAGAUUUAAUAUAAGGUCUUAACACUAAUAAUAAUCAAAGGUUACGAAGUGCGAGCGACAACGAUCGAAGGUCGAAACGCGUUUGCUCCAUCGCUGGCUUUGCGUAAUAACAACCUAGAGAUUAGGAUUGCGGGGUCCUCUUGUCGCCCGCAAUAAACUGGUUGAAAAUGAAAUCAGGAUCCUUCCUCUGAACUGUGAAGUCAGUAAUGAGGUUUUAUUUUUUGUUAAUUCUUUGUCGAAAGUGUGUGGCAUUGACAAAAAUUCAUUUCUGCAAAUGGCGACCGUUUUGUAACGUUUUUGAAAAGAGACGCAAAAAGCCUACAUGUCGUCGUCAUCGUGACGCCAUUUUCAAUUUGUUAUGUGCUCAUAUAGGAUAAUAACGGAGGAACUAAAAAAAAAAUUAAAACAAACGCUUGCGUUGCGUGGACAGAGUCCAUUUGCAUGUUAUUGGCAUGCUUCAACCCACCCUAAACGGUAAAACUGACUGCUGACAACGAAACGCCGGCUUUUUACACUAAAUUUUCCACUGAUAUUUAAAGACGUUUACUGCAAUUAACAUUUAUGGCCAGCUGUUUUUGAUCUACCAAGGCCCUUUGGGUAAACGGGUGCUAGGUAGAAUCUACUAAAGUAAACCUUUUGAUUUGUAGCUUUUCAGCAAGACCAUCCACAAGCCAGCAACAUGCACAACAGGUGAGAAAUUUUCGGUGGUAUAAUUCGCCUUUUUUGCGCUUUUGGGAUGAGAAGACAAAACCAAUUAGAGACCUUUUAAAAUAGUUUGCCUGUGGUAACCCGCGCCCUGUUAAAAAUAAUGUUGGUUAUUCAAACGAUCGAAUCAGUAUCAGAUAUUGAACAUAUUUUCCCUGAAACCAACAAUAACAACAGUGUUUGUCUUGUUAGUUAUCCUUAAAUUAAGUGAUAAUUUCGGAGUAAGCUGCAGAUUUCCCUUUUGUUGUGUUCUGCUCUUUUGUUUCGUUUCUUUUUUGUUUUCUUAAUUGUAGCGUAGAGGCCAUAACCUAGAGCAAAACUUGGUAAUUUUAUUAUGUGUGAUAAUUCUGGCCUUGACAGUCCUCCUAUCACAACACCCCCCACCCCCCACCCUUGUCCCAUGUCCUUUCAGACAAUAUUCGUCGGAGGGGGGGGUGAAGACAGUAGAUACAACGUAUUUGCACUACAAUUUUUCUUUUCUUUAUUUAUUUAUUAGUUUGGUUUUUGGUCCCUUUUAAUUGUUUCCUUGCCUUGUAGCCAUAAACUGUUUGUCACAACCAGUUUUAAUCCCUUAAAGGAAAAUUUUUUCCCAUUAGGCCUAAUUCCCCCCUCCUGUUUUGAAGAUGGUCCCUGUACAGACAAUAAUUAUAUCAUACGUGGAUAGUGGAUACGUUUUGGUAAAUCCCGAUGUUUUGCUUUACAGGCCAGCAAGCUCCUAAUCUCUGAGGUCCACUCCGUUCUUGCGAGGUUCCUGAAAGAAUGUGAUGCAGAUCAGCUGGUGAGGACAUUAUCUUAUCAAAUUCAAAAUGCCUUCUCGAGAGCUGAGUAAAUACAUCGGCGCUCGUAAUAACAUGAACGUUGCAGUUGACGAAGAUGAGUGGAUAAUGAUAGAUACUAUUCGUCGCGGUAUGUGUACGAUAGGGAUUGUAUAUCGUUUGUUUCAUUAUAGUCACUUUGCUAUUGAUCGCGACGUUUACGACUGCGUACAUAUACUGCGGACUGGUUUUCAUCAAGUGAUGGGACUUACCGCCGUGGUUGCUGGUGAUUGGUGCAUUACGAAACUCAUUUAGAAUGAGAGUUUUCGUGCUUGUCGAGUCCAAGAAAAAUACCUCUUUCUUGUGGUUGUAGUUUGUAUUAAUCUAUCCAUUUUCAAAGAAAAUAUAGAACGUUUUAACGUUUAGACACAACUCUUAGAUUAUUCUUACUUUCCCUUAGUACUGCUUGUUUCUCUACACUUUGCUAAAUUAGUUUUUGGCGCGCAAAUCGUUCAUUCCAACGUCUUGGCUAACAGUUAAAAGCUGACAGCAGGGUAUUGCUAUAUUCACACAGAUCAUGAUAUUCCCAGUCUUAGUUCAUUACAUUGGACAGUUCUUUGAAGAUUCCGCCGUGUGUAGGGCGUUGCUGGACGGGUGAGUUGUUUUAAUUCGAUGUAGUCUUCUCAGCAGCCAUUGAUUCAGAUAUGUCCAGGAUGGACAUCACGAAGUAUUCCUUAGCCCUAAUCCUCACCAGAACGCAAGCAAUUUGUUUUUUGUCUACAUGAAGUCACAUGGAAAUUAGAGAUCACUUUGUCGAAUAUGAAGUACCUUAGUUCAGAACGAGGCCAAUGAUCAAGAUGGUCAAUUAAGGAUUUAUUACAUGGCCGAGAGAGAAGGUUUUGGCGGAACCAACACAUGAAAACCCGAGCGGGGAAGAUGGGCCCAUUUUCCCCACUUGCGGAUUCAGUCGUGUGAUAAUAGGACCAUUUCUACGUGGAAAAAUAAGACGCGUCUUACAUAGGACGUGUCUUAAAUAAGACGCGAACUUUCCGUAUAAACGGCACAUUUUGUCUAAAAUAAGACGCGACUUAGCUAAGACGCGUCUUAUUUUAGAACAGCCCUUAACACCUGUUUUUAGAUAAGACGCGUCUUAGAUAAGACGCGUCUUAGCUAAGACGAGAAAAACUUCGUAUAAAUGACCUUCGCGUCUUAUGGAAGACGCGAAGGUCAUUUAUACGAAGUGGAAAAAUAAGACGCGUCUUACAUAGGACGUGUCUUAAAUAAGACGCGAACUUUCCGUAUAAACGGCACAUUUUGUCUAAAAUAAGACGCGACUUAGCUAAGACGCGUCUUAUUUUAGAACAGCGCUUAACACCUGUUUUUAGAUAAGACGCGUCUUAGAUAAGACGCGUCUUAGCUAAGACGAGAAAAACUUCGUAUAAAUGACCUUCGCGUCUUCUAUAAGACGCGAACGCAUAGUACACAUGCGUUAAUUUUUGGCGCGCCACGUUGGAUUGAUGUUGCUACGGGCAACAUUCACAUGAAAACGAGUCAAGAAGAGAAAUAAGACGCGAACCAUUUAUGCGAGCUGUUCUCGUCUUAGAUAAGACAUGCCCGUAUAAAUGGUACAGUUCUCGUCUUAUUUAAGAUGCGUUUCCUCGUAUAAAUGGCCCUAUUAUAGGGAGUUUAAGCAACAACGUUUUUGAGCGAGGAACGUCAACCGGAGGUGGACUUUUUGCACUCUUCAGCCGUAUUUUUGAACAAAUUCGUGGGCAAAACGUCUGUUUAAGAGUAAAGACACUUAGCAAUAUAAAUUUGGUAGCGUCAAGAUAAAUCAAAAGAGAAAAGCGCUCACUUCCGGUUGACGUGCAUCGCUCAAAAACGUUGCUGCUUUAACACCCUACUGACUGGUAGCCCCUCUGUCUCCACCCCAGAUAUUUCUGAAACCUAAAGGAGCCUUGUGUUUUUGUUUCCUUGACUGCAGCUGAUAAUAUCUCUUGUUUACUUUCUUCUUAGUUUGUACAUUAUUUUAUAUCGCGUUGAAGAAAUGCACAUGCAUGGAGAUGACGGGUAAGAAAUUAACUUCAUUUAACUUUCUUACGACAACAAAUUUCAACUGUGUAAUUAGAGUGAUAAAUUGUGCCCCCUUACAUGAAAGCGACAGAGCAGUGUUUUCCUCUGGUGCUGUUUUUUUAUGCCAUACAGGGUGUUUCUAACUUUACAGUCUGAAAGAAAUUCUGAAGUGUGAUUAGUACUUUCCUGUGGUAGUGCUUAUUAUGCUGUACAAAGGGUUCUACCUUGGAUAAAAUCUUAAAGUGUGACCUUUCAGAUGAAAGCUGCUGAGCAGUACUUUCCUGUGGUGUUGUUUAUUGUGCUACACAAAGUGAUUCUAGCUGCUAUCUUUGGAUGAAAUAGUUCAAUUCUACAUUCAUUCUACAUUCAUUCUACAUUCAUACAUUCUAUGGUGCAUUUUUUUUUUUACACUUCUUAAGAAGGUGUUUCUACUUUCAUCUUCUUUUGUGGCUGAACAUUUACGUCAAAGCAGCAAAGCAUGCCUUUGUGGAGUAUUGUUUCGUUACUGUAUUUUCGGUGCUCUUGUCCUAAAUUUUGGGUCUAUGAAUUUAAACCUAAAGCGGUCGUGAACAACACAAAUUAAGUCGUUGAGCAGACCUUCUCCUGUGGUACUGUGUUGGUAAUUUAACGUUGUAUGCUUUCUUUCUUUUUGAACCUGAUUCCGUGUUUGACUGUCACUUUUACAUUUGCAGAGAGGAGCCGUUACAUUCAUUGGUGCAGUCGUAUUUUGAUUUCGCCUUGUUGAGCCUCACUGAAGUUAUCAGCACCAAGGUCAGGCUUAGGUCACUUCGUACGAGGGCCGUUAGUUUAACAGUUACCCUUGUCUGCCCAUAUUCAGUAUUUCAACUGUUUUCAUGAUGGCGGCGGCGAUCAAUGUACCUCAGGGUCGCGCUUUCGUUAAAAAGAGGCUUCUGUGCCUUAUAAGCUCAGUUGGGAGAGCGCCGGUCUGCUGAGCGGUAGGUCGCGGGUUCAAACCCCUGCCGGACCAACACUCAGAGUGAGGAGAAAGUGCUGCCUUUGCAAUGACAUCUGCAAACGGUUAGACUUUCUUAAUUCUAGUCUUCUCGGAUAAGGACGAAAAACCCGUAGGUCCCGUCUCACAGCGCUUUCUCUCAUCUGGUUCUUGUGGGACGUAAAAGAACCCACCCCACUGUGGUGGUGUCACCAACCUCUCCUGGGUUGGGUGGGUCAUAAGUAACGGCACAUUUAAAUUGGAACCCCCCUCUGUUGUGUGUCCCGCUCCGCACCAUGUGGUGGAGGAAGUGAUUAACUAAGUUACCAAAGUUUCGCUAUUAACUUAAAAAUUGCAGCGGCAGUUGGUACAUUUUCAUACAUUGCCUUCUGCUCUUGUUCCUGUGGCUAGUUUUGUUCUGUGGUCGUGAACUUUUUGUGCGUUAAAACUAUUUUUUAAACUCUCCCACAGGAACUAGAAAUACAGUUGGUGCGAGAAGUCCUUGAAGUGUUUAUCAGAGUGUGCAUUUUUGUGGAUCAACCCACGUUCCUUGGGUUUGUGUUUAGAGCCAUCAGUAGCAGACUAGAUUACGUGAGUACUGUACGGCCUGGUUCUCUGCCAUAUUCCGCCAGUCUACCUGCCAGUGUCUCCUAGGAUACUAGGCACCUAACGAUGCGACAAGGGCGACGUCAGUUAAAACGUCGAUAAAAAGUAGACUGUGCAUUCUCUCUAUUUUUCUUGCGAUUCUUCUAAUUCACCUUGUUAGUUAAAUGAUAGGAAAUUAGGUUGGAGCUGAAGUGAGGGGGCUGCGUUCAAGUUCUGACAGAGCUAGUAAUAUUUAUCACCUUGCCGUUCCCGUUCUCAAGUAAACUUAAAAGUUGGUCAUUUCACGUCGUUUUUUGUGCAGGGACGGCAAAGACAUUUGCAAAAAAGCGUGAUGCACUUAGGGGGUUAUUGUUUUUCUUAUUAAACCUGUUCAGCUUCUCUUUUUAAGUAGUCUCUUGGUGUGGAAGAAGGGCGCAAUCACCAAAUGACGUAAUACAAAAGACUGAAAAGGCACUGAACAAACCCACACCACAAUUCAGUACCUAACCAACAAUAGUUUCCGCAACGCCAAGAAACACCCCUUUUCUUAAGGUGAUGGUACACGAGACGAUUCUCAACGACGAUGCUUAGCGCAACACAGCGUUGCAACAUUGUUGCGACGUUGUUUCGAAUUGUUCCAACAUUGCAACGCUGUGUUGUGCUAAAAAUCGUCGUUGCGAAUCGUCCCAUGUAACAUCACCUUUAGACCGUCGAGCGAAACGCGCGAGGGGAGAAAAUGGCCAUGCACGCGACUUUGCCGUUUGCGUUCCACACCGUAUGUGACUGAUUUUUGUUUGUGAUGUUGACAGGAACCUGACCUUGUUCGUUUAAUGAGCGAGGAGGAGGGUAGUAACAGAUUGAAUGAUACGCCCGACUUACUGAUCUUGUCCAAUGAUAUCCCCGCCAGUCCAGCUGAGGAGCUGGUUAUAACAGGAGAAGACGAGGAUGAUCCAGGUCAGUAUCUACUGUCGUCUCAUUAGGGCAAUCCACAAGCAGUGCCUGUAAUACCAUCAAGAUAUGGGAUACUCAGCCCGAGGCGGUAGGAGCGGGGAGCUCCUGGAAGAGAGUUAGUUCAUCGGUGGGCGGUGCGCAUAAAGAAACAUAUGAAACACCGAAAAGCCUGAGCACGCUAUUAUGAAGAGAAACUGACGUAUAUAAGAAACCUACAAUGUAUAAACCUUUAUUUUUUUAUAUACACAUAAUUGCAAUAAGGUUGUCAUAGAAAAAAGCAAAAAGCAAAAAGCAAAAAUUUAAAUAGGAAUUAAUUAGCAUGUAAUUAUCAUAGCUUGCAACAUUCACAACACACACGCUUACAGCUCAGGUUUACAGCUGAAUAUUAAUCACGUAAUAUGAGAGAAAUCAUUUGCAUCAGUUUCUUACUGUCAUUCUCAUGCAAUUCAAGGCUGAAUCAUCUAGCGAAUUUCAAACGUGCUCGAAUUACAAAGCACAUCGGAUAACUACCAAAGAAAUGAUGGCUUCAUUUUUUAUAAAUAAAUAUAGCCUGGGGUAAAUUCCAGGAACUCAACGCGUGUUUUAGAUUAGUGCUAAAUAGAAAAGCCAGUCUGCUUAUGGUUUGUAGUGCACAACACCAUCUGAUCACGAUUUUCAAGCAACAAAGCGUAGGCAGGACUUUUCAUUGUGGAGAGGGUGAGGGGGUCCUCCGCCAGUUCCUCACCUGAGCCACAAACCAAGCUUCGUUUGUCAGGACAUAAAAGAUUGGCGACUGAACGUGCGACAACUGAGACAUAACAUUGCUCGCGUCAAUUUACCUUUUUCUUUCUCGAAUUGUGCGACUUCCUUUGAUGGAGAAUGUUGGCUCUAAAAUGACUAUGGCGCCUGUCUAUCUUGCAGCGCGGAAUAUACAGAAUCAUCUCUUGCUAUUGUGAAUGAAUUCUUAAAUAAUUGUUAAAUACUGAAUUAAAAUACGCAAAUGUAAAUCACAUGGCUAAUUUAUUCCUAUUUGGCUUUUUGGCUUUUUGUUUUUUUUUCUAUGACAACGUUAUUGCAAUUAGGUGUACCUGGUAUUAAAGAUUUUUUGUUGGUCGGGGUUUGCACAGAAUCCGACACUCCUCACUGUUUGUACCGGUUGUUUUCCCUGUAUUGGUGUUUUUGAUACAUUGUCCUGUUAAAUGACUGUACUGAUCUAAGAAGUAAGAAGCGAACCCACUGGUCCCUCCAGAAAUCUUGUGUUUGCUAUUUGGAACCUACACUUAUUGAUUUUAUUGGUUGUGAGAAAAACGCUUAAAAAGAUGUUGUUAUUGAGACAUCUUGUUUACGGGACUACUGCACACAAUUAAGCGCAAUUUUGUUGCAUUAUAGGUGGUUUUCACGUUACGUCAUCGCCGCCAUGCUGGUGGACGGUAAACAAAAGAUCGCUCAUUAGCUCGCUUUGUUUGUCCACCAGCAUUUGUUCAUUUCACCAUUGUUAUUUGUGUCUCCCGAGAUUGCUUGAAAACCACCUAUUGACGGAAAGGCCCGAUAACCUUCCUUAGAAUUAUAUAACAAUAGAAAAUGAAUACGAGAAUCCCACAAAGAAGGCGCGUGAAUGGCAAUUAGUCAACAAAGCUCAUACGAUGUGCAUUAAUGUAAAUAGUGACACCCCAGUGCGGUUUGUCAAGUUGAUCUCAGUUUUCAUGAGAGUGUGACCUUAACCUAUAACGCGCGGGAACUAUUCAAUAUUUCUUUUCCUUUUCUUUUUUUUUCUUUUUCUGCUGGUAUUGAAGUUCCUUGAAUCCAGUCCGGCUGUGCUGUAACUAAGCUCGUUCAACAGCAGCCAAACCCUCUUGUUGGGGCAACCAAUGGGCAAUGCCCAGUGUCCACAUUAUUGAGGGGUUCGUUUUAAAGAGAUAGAAAUUGUAGGAAGUUUGGUAUCUUUGGCACCAAGAAAACCGUCUGUAACAGUGGUGUUCGUAUUUUAGAGGUUCCCUAACGAGGGGUUUGAAUGUUCUUCUUCAAAUGACGACGGGUCAACGACUAGGUUACAGUGUCUUCUUAACUGGAUAUUAAACUGGCAUCAACUGUUUUGUGUUGGUUUUUUUAGACACCGGCCGUUUAAUGCAGGAGUCAGUAGCCUUGGACACCUCUCACGAGAGCAGUCGAGGCACUACGCGGCUACCCAGUCCAGAGCUAGGCGCCGACGGUGACGAGUUUUCCGACUGGGACAGCUGGGAGGGUGAUAACGAGGUACGCAGCUUUAAAUGGAAAUUCAUUCUUGUAAAGCAUGUGCAGUAUUAAUGACAUAUUUAACUUGCUAGCGAGGUCUCCCUCAAAACGCAAAGUGAAGGGGUGUAGCGCGCUAGCGGAGAGGUAUCAAAAACAACUCACGCGUAAGAAAGUCGAGAUGAGGGUGAAAGCUUUCCGCAUAGUGCACAAUAUAGAUCAGACGUGGGCAUAAAUAAACACAGCCAAAUUGAGAUCCUUUAUCUCUCGAGACGAGUGUUUUAUGCCCUUUUUUUAUAUAAAACACAGUAAUUGGAGGACCCGUCUAGGUUAAUUUACGUUGCUCACGUUAUUUCCCUACCACCAGUUUAACUACUGCCCACGAUUUUAUGGCGCGACAAGGGUUGGCAUCGAGUUGCAAUUCCCAAAUCACGCAUGUAAACAGUGUAAACAGCGAUUUCAGCGUUAUUUGUCGGAUUGUCAAAUCCAAGUUGCCCCAAAGUGAGUUUAGUUUUAGUUUUGUUUAGUUGAGAUUGGAUUUUUUCAUUUAGUGUAACUUCACAGCGACAAUCGCAUGCAAAUGUCAGUUUUCUGUCCUCCAUAAUUUAUUACAAGCAACUGAUUAGUAUUAGUUAAUGUAAAGAGGACACGUGCUGUUGUCCAGUCAUUUGCCUCAUCACGGUACGUUGUUCACAAAAUUGCAGACAGUUGGUACUAAACUCUCUGAUCCGCAAAUACUGCUACCCUUGUCGCGCAACAAUUAAUUCGCCCGUGUAAAUGGCCCCUGGCAAUCUAACAAUUUACCAUCGACUAAGCGUCAGGAGAAGAAAAAGAGAUGGUUUUCAGAUUCUUGUGCUUGAGCUUCUUCUUAAACGUGUGUUUUAAAAGCGCCACAUAAGCAAAGUUUUCAUAGCCCUCAGACAAAAGGCGUCGUGGCUUGUUUGAGGUAAAUGGUAAAACGAAAAAUAAAUACCAAGGCUAGAGGCCACACGUGUGGAUUAUUGUGUUUUUUCUUCUUAUCCCAGAAUGAAACUGCUCUCAUGACGUUGUUCUCGGCGUUUUUGCGCCAGAUCAAUCAAGUUUACAAGUCAAGGAGUUCCGAAGGUAAGAAAUGUUUUAAGUGGAACGGAUGUAGGGUCUUAAACCAAAAUGGUUGGACUGGUAUGUAAACUGAAAACAGAGCACUACGAAAGUAGGGAAAAGAUUAAGUUGUUCGUUUGACAAGUACGUUAACAGUUCAGUGUCGUGAGGUAUUUAUUUAUCGUGUUUGUGUUAUCGUUUAUCACUUGUCUCACAAUAGCCACUCACUUAUUGAUCGCGGCGUUUUGAACGCGUACUGCUGUUUUUUAUCAGGCGAUGGUGUCAAUUUACUGAGUGGGGCUAUUAGUACCACCGUGGUUACUAGUGAUUGGCGCAUCACAAACCUCUCAUGGUUGGUGGGUUUGUUCCGGCAAAAACUGGUGAUAUAAUGGUAACUAUAUUUUAACUUACUUUUCUAUCAGGGCAUUCCGUUUUUCAAGAGGAACUGCUUAAGUGCGGAGAUACUGAACAAAAGGCUAUUGCGAAGUAAGUUGAAUUAAAUUACCGAACCCUCCUUCUGAGCCUUCAACAUGAAACAAUUGAAAUGGUCAAUCCUUGGUACUCCUUCCUGAAGCUGACAUGAAAUUGGCCUGUCACAAAAAUUUACUCGGAGGUUCCAAUACGUUAGCUCUUAGCUCGUAGAGGAGACUUGUUAUGAAAGGCGGCAAACAUCAGAGAGAUCAUUUUACGUUUCUGGAAAACUGCCUACCCACCCCUCCCUUAAGCCAACAUUAACACUUACUUCUCACUUAGGGCAAAAUGUUGGCUUAGGGGAGGGGUAGGUGGGCAGUUUCCCAGAAACGUAAAAUGGUCCCUGAUGCUGCAGUUGCUUUUGGAAGCUCCCUGACGGUGCACAAUCCUUUGCUUUCCGUUCAAAAAUUGUGAAUAAAUUUAUGCGACGUUUUUAUUGGUCAAGAAGAUCAAAAUGAAUGCUAUCGAACGCUGUGCACCAUCAGGUCCACCAAAACAUAUAACAAAGGAGUCUGAUGGGUUUCAAAACCAUUCCACUCUUUUAUCUAAGGUUAGCUAUUUAGCGUAGAUCGAAAUUACUUUUACUCGUUUAGGCCUUAGGCUUGACGUAAGUCAUCAGAGUCUAUCGACUCAGCUGGAUGAAAACGUGUGGCUCCCAAAAGAGUCUGGAAAAAAGAGGGCCCGGAGAGGUUUAAAAGUAGAAAAUAUUGUUAGGAAGUACUUUUCUUUUAGCGCGAAGAGUUCCCACAGCACGAAGAGGUGUAUUUUUGUGUAAUUUCGCGGAAGGAAAGCCAAAAGUUUGCUCUUAGCGAUUUUGUCCGAUUCACAGCGAUGAUUUGUUAGCCCAUUUUUUUUGUCGUCUUCAUUCGUGGCCAAAGACAAACGCAAAGCUCCAGUCUUGUUAGAAAGUAUUUUUAACAUAACUGGAAUAUUUCUUAAAGUUUUCAUGGUUAUGUCUUUAAAAAAGGAGAGCACAGGGCUUCUUUGAUUUUUAGUCCCUGUGCCUCGUGUUUUACUCACUCUAUUAUCCUUAUACUUUCGUUAUUUUUUCUAUCCUUUCAGCAUAAUGGCGUUCCAAGGGUAACUUCACCGUUUUUCUCCUCAAGUCAGCUAAGUCAUCCUCAUGACGGAUGAAAUAUAGGUUGUGCUUCCAGGGAAAAUAAGUGAAGACAAGUUAUAUUUACUCUAUUUCUAUCAUCGGACGCAGAACGUUUUGCUUUUAAUAAUUUAUUUUUAAAUCUAGCCCGCUUAACAGCUUUUCCUAACGAUGAAGAAACUUUUAGAUCUUGGUAUUUUACUCUUGUGUUGAGGAGUUAUCAAAAAGAUGAUGAUAUUGUGAAAGCGUGUUCUUGUACCUUUUCUCAAUCAAACACCACCACGCAAAUUGGUUAGCUAUUGUUGCGGUGGUGUCCCUGGCCCAUCUAUUUUAUUGCGGAAGACUUUCAAAUUAAAAGAGACAGAUUCAUCACUGGUCAGGAGGGAGAAUUAUGUCAUAAACAUAACACCUUACCAGUUCAGUGUGC